AUGUCCAAGAAGGAUGUGGCGUGUUUCUGGAUCGUACUGCUCCUGUGCCAAGAGCUACGGACCGACCCGAUCGCAGAGAUGGGACCAUCCUCCGGCAUCCUGAUUCAAGAGACACCAGGGUUCAUCUUAACAGAGAAGAGGAUCCUGACCAGACGUGUGUUCAUCAGCUUGGACCCCAAGAUUUCCAUCGAGAAGGCAUACAACAUUUCAUCGAUGCAGCUUCCUGAGUUACAGACUUGGUACCAGAUGCACCUCCAAAGAGCACAGGACCGUGUGCGAAACAUCUUGGAGCAAGCCCGGAAACCAUUUGUAUCCAGUUCUAUUCCGAUGAGCAACCGACCCAAAAGGUUCCUCACCGCUAUAAUUGUUGCAUUAGUUUGUGCCACUGUCGGUGCAGUUGUUGCAACUGGAAUGUCUGCAGCCAACUCUAUUACUGUCCAAAAGCUGGAUAUGGAAAUCUAUGCGCUAAAGCAACACAUUAACGAUAUUCAUCAGGUGAUACAACAGCAAAGAACACUUCUCCAAGACGUGUUAACUAUUGUGGAAGACACAGUUGUUACAACAAAUUUGCAUUCGGAAUUAAUUGCCAAAUCCACUGAGUUGCACCAAAGUCAUGACUUAUUUAAGCGUGAACUUCUAUUUCUGCAUGACCCAAUAUUGUUCCACACACUUGCUUUUCUCGACGAAGUGCAAACUGGAAUGAUCGAAUUGGCAGGGGGACGCAUACCUCUGUAUUUUGUAUCCAAGGAUAUUGUUCAUGCGAUGCUUGCCAAUGUGGAUGGAGAGACAAUUGAGCCUAUGCAAUUAAAUCUGGCCUUUGAGAUGGGGAGCGCUAUACCUCUCUUAAUUGAUCCGGAACGUAUGGAGAUUUGCUUUUUAUUGGCCAUACCAUAUGUAACUCCCAAAGACAUUUUUCAAAUGAAAAUAAUGUACUAUGUUAAUAAUGAUAUUAUGGUUGAUUGUACUAAGUGUAAAGUUCAAAACUUUUACAGGUACAAAUAUAUACAAAAAUGUUCAUUCCACGCACGGGCCUAUGUUAGAAAUGACGUGAUUGCACAAUAUGUCUGAUAACUUCUAUAGUGCUUAUUCAUAAGCUAAAUUAAUUUUGGCUAUGAAAUGCACUAAAGGGGGGUUAUGUCAGAGUAUUUAUAUCGGCAGACAUUUUGUGCUAUGAUAGAAACUAAAAGUGUAUAUUCUGAGUCACUCUGAACAGACCAGACUCCAUUUUGUUAUUUCAAGUUAACAAAGAAGACACUAGAUUUCUUUCUGUAAGACUGGCCUCUUUGCCAGAGCUAAGGAAUGCAUAGUAUAUACAAACCAAGUGAUAAGGAAGGGGGUUGGACAGACUGUCUAAUGCUAAUGGAAUAUAAUCAAAUCUAAACCCAGACAAUUGUGACAGAGAAGAUUAAAUUUAAUAUUUAACUGUCUAUAUAUAUAAGGUACCAUUGUAUGGAAAAGGGUAAACUUAGUUCAUGAUCUGUCAUAUCAGAAAUUAUAGCAGAUUUGCAGACACAUAGUCUGGACAAAAUUUAAGAACCCCUUUGAUCUUUGAAGGAUACGUAAGUUAUAGCCACUAUCUAGAUAGGCCAAAAUGACGUCAAAAUAGCCACCAGGAAAAGUUAACUCUUUCCUGGAUAGGUAUGUUUAGUGGGACAAGACUGCCCUCUACAGACCAAAUAACUAAUUUGCGAUCUGGAAGAUAACCACACCUCUAGUGCUUCUAUUGGGUUAUCAACUGAUGACGUACAGAGAGUCUGGCCCUUUAAAAGUUAAGACAAAGGGAAGAUAGAAAGACGAGAGAAGGAGGCAGAUGCAAGAUAUGCAAAGGAGAGGAGAGAGGAAUUGGAAGUUUGGGGAUUCCAACUCGGACAACAUCUGAGACUAACACUCUACUCCUAAAACUCUAACACUUAGAAUUUACUGACUUUCUAACCAACACCUCCAUGCAGAGAGACUACCAAUCGGAUGAAAUAUCUACUCAACUGGUAAUUAUACUGGUUUCAUUUAAUUAAAUUAAAUUAAUUAAAUUAUAUUAAUAGCAUUAUAUAUGACUGGAUAAAGCACGGUCAGAUUUCCAUAUUAAGAAAUCUUAGUUAACUAAGAAUAUAUAGUUAUAAACAUUCCAUUCUGCAGGUGGAAUUAAGAAUAAUUAUAUAUUGAUGUGAUAUUAUCACGUGUUAGCAUACCGCUGUUUUUAUCCAGGUGUAUUGAUUUGCUCUAAAUUAAGAUAGAUAUCUUUUAGACAAAUUAAAAAUCUGCUUAUAUAAUGUGGUAAAUUCUCUUAUUGGAUGAUUUUAAGAAAAUGACUAAUGAACUGGGUUAAAUUUUAUUUUAUUUAAAAUUACAUAAGAAUAGAUCUUAACUACCUAGGAGAUCUAGCCAGCAUUGAAAGGGUUAUUCUAACUGUCUGCUAAACUUUACGACCUUACGCUGCACUCUGAGGAAUUCUGUUCUUCUGUGAAAAGUUUCACUUUCAGCCUGUGUGAAAGCUAGUCAUAAAUCGUAGAAGUCUUGACAGAUAAUGAGUUAAUAGCCAUUGAAACGUAAUACCCAUUUCUUUGUAUUGCAUACCAUUUAUACUGAAUAUUCAUUGAUUAUUGUCACGCAUGUUACAUAAUAUUAUUUGUUAAUUAUUGGUUAUCAUAAAUAAAAUCUAUUUUUAUACAUUGUGAAUAUUAUUUAUAUGGUAUACAUUUCACUUAACACGAUAAACGUUCUUUGGGAUCUGAGAAUUGAAUUAGUGGGCAAUUCUCAACUGUUUACUAUUAUUAUCCCAUAAAUAUCCCCACAAUAAGGUAUUUUACCCCCUAAAAGAACCUGACACACCUAUACAUGGGAAGUAUCACUGUACUUGGGAGAUGUUGCUGAACACACAUUGGGGUGUUCUUUGGCAGUAACCCUUAAAGUUCUCACUACAUGUAUUCUUAAAUUACUAUGAGUCUCAAACAAAAAUUCACCAAUUAUUUAUUUUUGUUUUUAAAUUUGGCAUAGAUUUGUGGUAAAAUGGCUGCAUGAAAAGAGUAAAAAUACCCCAAGGUAUACAUUAGGCUGUCUUCUUUUAAAAAAUAUAUACAUGUGAAGGGAUAUUAAGGGAUUCCUGACAGAUAUCAGUGUUACAAUGUAGCUUUCAUUAAUUUUGAAAAAAAAAAAUGUUUUGGAAAAAAGUGCCACUUGUACAUAUUGCCCUAUAACUUUCCAAAAAAAGCUAAGAACAUGUUAACAUUGGGUAUUUCUAAACUCAAGACAAAAUUUAGAAACUAUUUAGCAUGGGUGUUUUUUGACGGUUGUAGAUGCGUAACAGAUUUUGGGUAGUGAUGUCGCGAACCGUUCGCGAACUUCCCGCGAACGGCUCGCCACGGUUCACCACGAACCGUUCGCGGCGAACUCCGGUCAGCUGACACAUCCCGGCCAAUCUCCAGCAGACCCUCCCUCCCAGACCCUCCCACCUCCUGGACAGCAUCCAUGUUGAAGGCAGCUUCAACAUGGAUGCUGUCCAGGAGGUGGGAGGGUCCUUAACAGUAAGAAAAUUGAAAAACUGUCUGGUCACUAAGGGGUUAAGGAGCAGCACACAUGAGAAAAAAUUUAGUUUAAAAUUUUACAAGGUGGCUUAAAAUCACCUAUCUUACAAACAAAUAUUGGUAUUCAGUUACAGCAUACGGCCAUAUUGUGUUAAGCUCACCACUACGUCACAGUACCCCAAUACCGAUGGCUCUUACACUAAGUUUAUAACAGGAGAGUAACAUGCUAACUGCAACACUUACUGCUUAAAGGGACACUGUAGGCACCCAGACCACUUCAGCUCAUUGAAAUGGUCUGGGUGCACUGCCCAUUUUCCACCUAGUGCUGCAAUGUUGCAGCUCUUAGUUUGCCCUUAGUGACUGUUUACCAGACAGCCACUAGAGGGCUUCAGGAAUCGAAACAGACUUUUGGUCUGUUAUCUGACGCUGGACAUCCUCACGCUCUGCAUGAGGACACCCAGCGUCAGAUUUUUCCCCAAGGAAAGCAUUGAUUCAAUGCUUUCCUAUGGGGAGGUCUAAUGUGCAUGGGCAUUAGACCACCACACGUCGCAAGACAAGGGAGGGGGCAGAGCUUCAACCCAGCACCGAGGGACAUCGGUGCUGGGAUCAGGUAAGUAAAUAAAGGGUUUUUAACUCUUUAUUUACAGGGUAGGAGGGGGCACGAGGGAGUGGGGAGGCAGAGGGAUUGGUGGUGCCAGGAAUACAGCCUUGUAUUCCUGGUACUACAGUAUCCCUUUAAACUGCUCUCCUCAAUGUAUGCUUUCCUGUGGUCACCUCCAAAGUGCCACCUAAAGUGGAUGGGAGGGAUGUUUAACCCAAAAGGAGUCUGGUCUGGAUUCCAAAUAUACAUAGGUAAAAAGGGAAUUGGGGGGGACACAAAGAACAUGCAUAUCUGAAUAGUGGUGCUGUGGUAAAGACCAAAAUAUGUACAAAAUACAGAUUAAGGAACAGUGCACACACACACACACAAAUACAGCUUUAAAUUUUACAAGGCUAAAAUCGCCUAUCUGAGCACUUGACAUCAAAGGUCAUGGAAUCCUAUCACACGUUCUCUCUUGGGGGAUAUUAUUACAGUCAUUCCGCACUAUGUUUCUCUAUUACACCACAUUGUUAUUCUCUGACUAUCUGGCCUACAUGUCCCAGUUUUUUUAUGUUAAUUGUUUUCAUUUCAAUUGUUUGGCAUUGAUUUAAACAAAACCUAUAUUUGAAAAAAAGUACAGGAAGAAAAGGACUGGGGUGCACAAGAAACAGCAUGUCUUAAAGGGACACCAUAGUCACCAGAACAACUACAGCUUAAUGCAGUUGUUCUGGUGAGUAUAAUCAUUCACUGCAGGCAUUUUCAUGUAAACACUGCCUUUUCAGAGAAAAGGCAGUGUUUACAUUGCCCCCUAGGGACACCUCCAGAUGGCCACUGGAGGUGUUUUCUGUCGCAUUAUUGCACAGAGUGCAGCACUGCCAUUCAGUGUAUCCACCCUAUGGAGGGAUACUGUGAUAAAACCCCUGUUUUAUCAAUACCCAGACCCUUUGUUUCGUAUGGCAUUCGUGUAUUUGGCACUAUUUUAUUCCCUUUAUGGUAAAACCGAACAAACUACCGAACAGGUAGACCGUUAAUUAGAAGCUGUGGUUAACCAGAAAUAUUCGAAUGAACACGUGGCGGCGGCCAUUUUAAACUGACAAACGCCCAGCGGUGUUUGGUCGUCAAUGGUGUGGAACUAUUUUCGGCCACAAUUUCCCACGAACACCACUGGGACUGCCAAACUUCCAUCCCUUCGUCUCAAUUUACACAAACGCCGUGCCUUUCGGUACAUUCAGAACAACCGAACUGAACCGACCCAGAUAACUAAAUCCAUGGAGCUAAUUUUGGGCAUAUUUCUAAUGAACAGUCGGUGUGUUCGUGGGAUCUGAGCGCUGUUCGCCUAUAUUGAACGCUCAGAUCCAAGCUAUGUGGGGAUAUGUCAAAUGUGGGGGUUCCGUUCGGUAAAAUAAAAGUUAUGUAUUUUAAUGUAUUUUGUUACAUUUGUAAAAUGGAAAAAAAAAUUCUACCUGGAGAUAAUUAAGUUUACUCCGGCCACUUAAUCCAAUUAUCUCCAGGAUAGAGAGGAGGGAUUUCACUGUUUAUGUGGGUGUAUUUUAUAUUGUACUGUAAAAUGAUUGGUUACUGUAACUUGUGUUUCAGUCAUCCACAAGGUCCCUGUGGGAGUAGCCCUUUCUGGAGGACCUGCCUAAAAGACCUAGCUGUGGCCACCAUUAAACAGAUCGUUUUACCCCUUCAUGAAGUCUUAGCUCAUGUUUGGGGGAUUGGGAGCUAAAAUUCACUACACCUUCGGCUACACUUGGAUUUUGGGAGACUCUGUACGGAUAUACUCCGCUUGAGUAUAGGGGAUCCGUUACAGAUACGCUGAACUUUCCUCGUAGAGAUGCAUUGAUUCAAUGCAUCUCUAUUAGGAGGUGCUGAUUGGCAUUUGGCCCUGCCCCAUCCUGCCCUCUUGCCGAUUUCAGCCAAUGCAAUGCUUUCCCUAUUGGAAAGCAUCAGAUUGGCUGAAAUGAUAAAUUAAGAUGAUGUCAGCAAGGAGGUAGAAUGGGUCGGGGCCAGGGCCUUCAGACCCGCGCGGCGCAGGAAAUAGUGUACGUUUUAUUACCUUUUAGGGGGUUAAGGAGGGGCAAGCCACCUAAAUGGUGUUUUUAACAUUUUAUUUAUCUGCAUGAGCAGCUUAUCAAUGUCACAUUUACUUGAACCCUUACUAGAUAGAUCCACAUACAUAGCCAAACUGACUUACCCGUUUCAAUUAACUUAGAGAUCGGAAUCCAAGCUUCAAUGGCAACAUUUAUUUAAAAAACAAAACAGAAGAAGUAUAUUGACCCUAUCGCAGACCGGACGUCAUUGUUUGAGGUGGUUUGACCUGCAUACCACAGAAAACUGAUUGAAACCUAAUGCACUAGAAUAGAAAUCAAUCUUAACUUAGAAAAUUACGUCAUUUACAAAAGAGUUAUUUUGGAAGUGACAGUUACAAUCUAGAAUGUUCAUAUUUAAAAAAAAAAAAAAAGGAAUGUUUUUGAGACAGUCAGUGAGUAACAAAUUAUAUGCUUAUUAGUAGUCAGGCACAGAGAUCAUUAUCAUGAUCAUGUUCUAUAUAUGAUCUAUAAAGAUAAAUAAUUCUAUUGUUCUAAUUGAAAUGUUGCCAUCUUCUUUGUGUAGAAUUGGCUUUAAGCAACUUGCGUUUGUGUCCACGACAAAAUGUCAGAAUUACUGUAUCUCUAUAUGUUGUAUUAUAUACAACAUAUUUUACAGACAAUAGUCGUAUGGGUAUUACGUUACCCCUUAAAGGACAACUUGUCUUUAUCCACAGGUAUUAACAGGUGGAUAGAUUACCAAAGUGCAUUGAUAUUGUGGGAACGUAGAAGUCUAAUAGGAUAUGGGAGUUGCCUUAACCUUGGGGAAUUGGCUUUUCGUGAUUUUGUAAUUUCGUGACAUAUCCAGAAAAUUUAGAGUGGGUGUCAUCAUCUUCUUGAAAGUAAUAUUUUUUUUUUUAAACAACUAAAAAUUGGCAAAGUUCUUUAUUCAAAGAAAGGCAUGAGCCUGUUGGUUGUUGCACGUGGUAUUAGCUUGUAGAGUGAAUCUGACAUUAUGGGCAUCUUGUGAACACCGUCCUGCAGCAAUGGUAUGUUAAAUUUUUUUACCUAAUUCCCACUAAGGCAUUGUAUAAAAAACACAACAUCGAGAUAAAUAGUUUAUUUCCUAUUAAAUAAAUUGUCACAAAUCUGAGAACAGCAAGAAAUGCAUAACACGCAGUUAUUAUAUUAAUAAUCACAACAUGGGAACACAUUUCAGGCUAUAAAUAAAGUAAUAAAAUAGAUGGAUAGACAGACAGAGAGGCAGACAGAUGACAGAUAAAUGAAAACAAAAAGAUCUGUGUACUAGUCCUGAUAAAAUAUCCAUGUAAUAUUGAACAGCAGAAGCAGUGUCAUGAAAAACAUUAUCCACGUUAUAUUUGACAUUUUUUUGUGUGUGAGUGAAAUUUGAAUGUAUUGAGGUUCAAAGAAGAAUUCCCUAUACAGUAAACAAAUGUUUUUUUUUCUUUCAGCCGAUGCCAGUGGGCACUUCAAGAACAGAAUCGGAGGAUCCUUAAUUAACUUAAUUCUUCAUUACUUGCAACAUAAUUAUCCUCAAGCACUAUGAAAUUGUAAGUAUUGUAGACUAAAUUUAUUGUGUGAAUUGUUAUUCUUUAUGGUUCUCACAAUGUGGAGUGUGCAUGCAAAAUACAAUUUAAGCUACCUAACAUUAUAUUUGCAAUAUUUCAAAUGGUAUUCAGCUUGUUGGGGGCUUGUACAUUACGUGGGUUUUAAUAAGUGUUUCAUGAAGUUUUGUAUACCUUUUAUUUAUGUAUUUAUUUAUUUUAUUAGGGAGUCACAUUCUAGGCAUAUCUAAAUAUUCUAAGCACGCAAUGACCCGUUCUUAUUUAAUGGGUACUAAACAGACAUGAUCACAUGUCAUAUGAAUUCUACAUGUACGUUUAGACUAACUAUAUACCUCAAACGCACAGAUAACAUGUAUGUAUUAAAAUGAAUGUCCAUUGCAAGUAAGUUGCAUGGCCACCCUCACCCCACGAUGGAUUCCAGAACUGCGUUUUGUCAUUUAAAGAACCCAGUAAGAAGCAGAGUUAUGAUUACAUUGACUAUAUAUCAUAAUAAAUAUCAUGUUUAGGACUACAAUUAGGGAUACUAUUAGGGGUCAAUUUGAGACUAUGCCUAAUUGUCAGUCUAUCCUAAACUGUGUUUCUUAUUGGUCUGACAACAGCAAAAUAGGUAAAAUAUAUAUUGUCAGGUCUACCUUUAAACGUUACUAAUUCGCUAUUAAUAAUAAAGGCGACAACAUAUAAAAAUGUAACUAAUGAUUGUUCUUCAAGCGCUACAUAGUUUCUGUGCUAUAUAGAUCUGUGUUUGCUUAUUUUAUAAUGGUUAUUAUUAUUAUUAUUUAUCUGACUAGGAUAACCCUAAUACUAUGGAUAUGGUGGGGGAUAACAGACUGCCCAAAUUCUGGGGGUAAGUAUUAUAUAUUUUCUGUUGUGAUACUUUAUAGGUACAUUCUAACUGUAUAUUUAAAUAUAAUGCAUGCAUUCAGAGUUAAUUAGACACUAACUUGAGAAUAAACCAUCAAUAAUGCAAUAGGGCGAUAACAGUAAUUAUACAGGCCCUUGUUAAAAAAUGUUUAAAAACUAUAUUUUUUUCCUAGCUGAUAUGUGGUGAACGAGGGGUUCAUAAUAGCAGCCAUUCUCCUGUCACAUCCCCUAUUUGCUAGAAUAGGGAAAUGUAAUAAAUCCGUUUGACUCAAUCGCACCGCCUUUACAUAAAAUUUGGACCUGCUUAAUGGUGCUCCCCUUCCCUUUAAUUCACAUAUUGUGAGUGGGGGUUAUUUACAGAGUACGUGAUCUGCUAACACUCCCCACGUGCCCCCUUACAGUGGGAUGGAGGAUUUUAAUAAAUUAAUUUGGAGUUCUGAGGACACUAUCUACCUGAUGAGAGGGUCUCCUGUGUUAUACUUCACUUACCUUUACCAGAUGUCUGUGGGAGAGGAUUUAAUAAUAAAGUAAAUUAGUGAGGCAUAUUUUUAAAGCCACCAUCACGCUGCACAGGGUAUGGCCCUCACUCUAUUAUAAAACCUUACAGCACUCCUUGUGUUAUGCCAGAAUAGGAGGCUCUAUAUUCCUGAGUGGCAUGCUGGCUGAGAGGGAGGACAGUGGGCUGCUGGCUGAAAGGGGGACAGGGGUUGCUGGCUGAGAGAGGGACAGGGGCUGCUAGUUGAGAGGGAGGACAAGGUGCUGCUGGCUGAGAGAGAGGACAGGGGUUGCUGUGUGAGGGGGUAGGGGCUACUAGGCUUUGAGUGGGACAGGAGGCUCCUGGCUGAAAGGGGGGCAGGGGCUGCUGACUGAGAGUAGGGGAAGGUGGCUGCUGGUUGAGGGGGGAAGGGGGCUGCUGGCUAAGAGUGAGGCAGGGGGCUGCUGGCUGACGGGGGUGGGGGCUGCUGACAUAGUGGGGCCGGGGGCUGCUGGCUGAGAGGGAGGGCAGGGGUUGCUGGCUGUGAAUUGGGCAGGGGGCUGCUGGCUGUGAGUUGGGGCAGCUGACAAAAAUGGGGCAGGGGGCUGCUAGCUGAGAGGGUGCAGUCAGCAAAAAAAAAAACUUACAUCUCUAAUUAAAUAAUAAAAAAAAUAAAAAAAGAUCUGUAAAGUUUACUCCCCCAUUCCUGGGGAGGAAUAAUUUUCCUUGGUGGUCCAGUGGAUGAAGUAUAUUGUCCACACCCCUGCAGGUGUACACCAUGUGCACUGAGCCUGCUGCUGUGCUGGAGAAUGAGUGUGCAGGAUGGUGAGAGAGAUCUUUGUCAGCCACAGAGCCGGAGGUCAGGCAGCACCAGCCCUAAGGUGAUCUCCCCUGUCUGCUUCAAGCCAUGGCCAUCGUGGCCUACCGGGAGUUUUGCCCGAUGGCCAGUCCAGGCCUGGCCUGAGAGAAGUUGUAUUACUUCCAGUAGGAUAGAUCCCUAGAUUUCUGGGUCUGCCGAGUUUGGGAACCCAACACAAUGACUGUCUGAGUUCAACCCCAAAAAUUAGCAUGGCUGCUUAAAGCUUUUAUGGAAUUAGGAAAAGAGCGCACAUAAUGUUUUUUGUAAAAUAUAAAGAACCACCUAAAUUCCAGCGAACCAAGCAUGAAAAUAAGGUAUAUAAAGGUCUUAGUGUACUGAUUUCUUACAUUGAGAUCAGUUUAAAACACUGGGUUUAGUUUUAUCUAUAUGAAAGAAGAGAUUGUGCCACCACCACCGGCCCUUUUCUAAUGGUUUUAUUAAUAUGAAAGGUGAGCAAAGUACAUUUUGUAAAAUUGGCCAGUAUUUACUUUUCUAACAGCCCACAUGCUCUAUUGUCUAUAAUCAUUGUAUUAAAGGAACACUAUAGGGUCAGGAACACAAACAUAUAUAAUGGCCGAUUUUUAGCCAUAGGGAAAGCAUUGGAUUGGCUAAAAUUGGCAAGGGGGCGGGCCCAAAUGCCAUUUUGGCCAAUCAGGACCUCCUCAUAGAUAUGCAUUGAAUCAAUGCAUCUCUAUGAGGAAAAUUCAGCGUCUCCAUGGAUGCUGAACGUCAGGGCUGCUUUUUUAGCAGCACUGACUCAGGAAGCACCUCCAGUAGCCAUCUAAGGAGUGGGCACUUGGAGGUGUCCCUAGAGGCAAUGUAAACACUGCCUUUUCUCUAAAAAGGCAGUGUUUGCAUGAAAAAAGCCUGAAGGCAACUAUUAUACUCACCAGAACAACUACAUUAAGCUGUAGUUGUUCUGGUGACUAUAGUGUCCCUUUAAAUAAAAUUUAUAGAACAUACAUUAUUAAUGAUCUUCCAGUAUAAAAUUACUCUGCAAGAAUUAUUAUGUCACAAUAUGUUUCUUUUUACAAAGGUUUUAAGAAAAAGCACAGCAAGCAUAGCUAUCUAGCAGGAAACUGUUACUGCCUAUGGCAAAAGCCAACAUUAGGAGAUAUCUUUUAAAAAUAAUUAAAGCCCAUGUGUGCACCACAUCUUAGACUCUGUUCUUUCUUUUGCAGCCAGUGAUAUCUGUAUGGAUCACGGACUGAGUUGCCAUAGAAACGCAGAGUGUCUGAGUACCAUCAGAGGAGAAUAUUUUUGUGUGUGCUUAACAGGGUAUUCUGGCACUGGGGAAGUCUGCACUGAUAUUAAUGAAUGCAAAACCUCACUGCACCAGUGCCACCCACAGGCGACCUGCCUGAACACAGAAGGAAGCUAUUCAUGCCUGUGCAAGCCUGGUUACACUGGAAAUGGCAUUACUUGCACUGACAUCAACGAAUGCUUAUCAGGAAAUGGCGGGUGCCAUGCAGAUGCGAUAUGUACUAACACGGCUGGAGAUAGGACCUGCCAGUGUAAGACUGGGUAUACCGGUAAUGGCCUCUCCUGUACGGAUGAUGACGAAUGUAAAAGGUCCAAUUUAUGCCACUGGAAUGCCACAUGCACCAAUACACCGGGGUCCUAUUCAUGUACAUGUAACCAUGGCUACAAAGGGAAUGGGAACUACCUAUGUCUGGACUUGGAUGAAUGCUCUGACACCCCCGGAAUUUGUUCCCAAGCCUUUGGAUUUCUUGGAUGCCGAAACUUACCUGGCUCUUAUCAGUGCACUUGUGCCUCUGGCUACUAUUUUACUGAAAACAGAUGUUUGGAUAUCGAUGAAUGCGCUAACAAAGUCUGCAGCCCGUUUUCCAACUGCACCAAUUUCCAGGGAUCCUACAGCUGUGCUUGCCGGGAAGGGUUUAGUGGCAAUGGCCUUGCUUGCGUGGACAUUAAUGAAUGUGUUUCGGACAACAAAUGCCAUCAAUACGCCAACUGCUUGAACUUUCUGGGCAGCUAUAAUUGUACAUGCAGAGCUGGAUUCUCAGGCAAUGGAUUUGUCUGUACGGACAUAAACGAAUGCCUUCAACCUAAUAUAUGUCCGGGUGACUCAACAUGUCGCAAUACUGCAGGGUCAUUCAGGUGUGAAUGCCCCACCGGCUUCGUGCUUAAUAGAACAGGGUGUACAGACAUUAAUGAAUGCAAUAUUGGAAUUUGCAGUGCGUUUGCAACAUGUCAAAAUUAUCCAGGAAGCUUUUCUUGCGUGUGUAGAAAUGGCUUCUCCGGAAACGGAACUGUGUGUGCAGAUAUCAAUGAGUGUGCUCAAAAGAAUGGGGGAUGCCACGCCAAUGGAGAAUGUGUCAAUACGCAAGGGUCUUACACGUGCAAAUGUUCACCAGGCUACACUGGUGAUGGUAUUCUGCAGUGUCAAGAUAUAGAUGAAUGCAAGGAUAACAAUGGGAACUGUCUCCAUGGAGCUGUAUGUCUGAAUACGCCUGGCUCUUUCCGAUGCCAGUGUGCCAGUGGAUUCCAAGCUAUUAAUGACACUUCCUGCUAUGAUAUUGAUGAGUGCAAGGACGUGAGUGGAAUCUGCCAGCUUAAUUCUCUCUGUUUUAAUACCUUCGGAUCAUAUUAUUGUCAAUGCAAACCUGGCUUCAGUAGCAACAAUGGGCUUAGCUGUAAUGACAUCAAUGAAUGCCAGAGCAACCCUUGCCAUGAGCGAGCGUCUUGCAGCAACACAUUUGGUUCAUUUGAUUGUAGCUGUAGCAUGGGAUUUGAAGGCAAUGGAUUUAACUGCACAGAUAUCAAUGAAUGUACAAAUCUGUAUACGUGCCACCAACACGCCGUUUGUUCCAAUCUGCCCGGGAGUUACAGAUGUGAAUGUUUACAUGGAUUUGCUGGAGAUGGGUUUCUUUGCGAAGACAUCAAUGAAUGUUCAUUGAGCAAAGAUACUUGUAUCAGUGGUAGUGUUUGCAUUAACUCUCUGGGUUCCUAUGUCUGUUCAUGUUUAAAUGGAACUCUGGUUCGGAAUGGGAGCUGUGCCCCACAGAGUGACUCAUGCCAGCCUGCAUGUCACUCCAAAGCCCUAUGUCAUUAUACGAGCAGGGACUAUCAGUGUGUAUGUGAUGUUGGCUUCCAAGGGAAUGGUCUCAUCUGCACUGACAUUGAUGAAUGCCUGACAGACGUGUGCAAAGACAACACAACAUUCUGUGUUAAUACCCCAGGCUCCUAUACCUGCAUUUGCAAGCCGGGCUUCAAGCUGAAUAAUACUCAAUGCUCAGGUAAGGAGACUGCAAACUGAUAUUCUUACUAAUAUGCAGAUUACAUUGCAGCCUUAAAAUAGCAAAUCACUGAAAAAAAUUCUCUUUUACAUCGAUGCAUUUAGGAGCUUUUUGUUUUGCGCUACAACAUAUACAAAAACAACCCCUUUAGUAACAUAGUGCAGCACAUAGGGUGACUGCACAGCCUUCUUAGAAGAAUAUAUGAAUUAAUAAAUACGAUGUAGGUUUAUGCUACAAGACUGUAAUCAGAAAAAGGAAGAAGCCAGAAUGCAGUUUUCUAUUUCUCUCUUCCCCACCCCACAGACACACAGACACACAGACACACGUGUCACAUGUAAAAAAGAAAAAGAAACACAAUAGGGCAAUAUUGCCAGUUCACAUAAAGUCAUUGAGGAAGGAAAAGCACUCAGACACAGAGCAGUACAGUCUGCUCUAACUAUAUUCACUCCAAAUAAUACGCCAAGGACUUAAAGGUGCUCAGACGUUGUUCCAAUCAGCAAUAAAAACAGCAGGCUUGUAAAACCCCCAUGCACUACAGAGUGACUUUGUCCAUUAAGUUCAACUUUUCACAUUUCUCUGUUUCUGCAACUGGUUCAUGAAUUACCCAGUUCAACAUUAAAAAUUUGCCAAUGCUGCUGUAAAAAGGGAAAAAGUUCCUUCUUGACUCGCAAAUGACAAUCAGAUUUCUCUUUGGAUGAAAACGCUAUCAUUUGCACACAUUAUAACUAUUAUAGUUCAUAAUAUUAUGUUUUGCUAAAAAAAAAGCAUCCAGACUCUUUAAAAAAAUAUCUCCAGAAUCAAAGCAGAGAAAUCCACAUCUUUAUUGUUUUGUAUUUAAAGAAAUGUUUAAUCUGCUGUAGGUGAAAUCUCAUUGAAUUAACUUUUGUCCCCUGUACAAUUCUGUUAAUGAGCAAGUUACCAAACAGUCGGUUGUACUUGCUCUGUAUAAAUUUCAAUAACGUUAUCAUUUAUCAUGAGACAUCUUUUGUUAUAAAUAUAAUCUACCAUUCACAUAAUCAGUUUUGCAGCCUGACUAAAUAUUUUUUCCAGUUUUACAAUAUAUUUCUUUCCCACCAGUGUCUCUGAAUAUGUCACUGUAUUCACCUUAAUUAAAAGUAUAAAUGCACAUUUUUGGAACAUGAAUAGUAUAACUAAUUAUAUGUAUUUUUUUUUUUUAAAUCCUGAAGACAUUGAUGAGUGUGCCACAGACAGUCACGGGUGCCACCCCUUCGCAGAAUGUUUAAAUUCUAUAGGCAGCUAUCAGUGCAAAUGUAAGAAUGGCUUCCUAGGAAACGGAUUGAAUUGUACAGGUAAGCUAACACUUCACAGGGGCACUUGUGACAUACCAGCUGCCAUGUUUCUUGCCCUAUUUAAUGCUCAGCUAGACAGCUAGUCAAAGCUCUAUAACUACUGUACCACGCCAAGAACCUAACGUGGCCUAGUUACCUAGUAUUAUGGGUAAACUGAUAGUAGUCUUUCUGUUUACAGAGCAGUUUCGCUCAUCCUAAAUGAUGAUAAACUACUUAAUAAUUUAUUUUAUCUUGUUAACAAAUUAAAAAUUAGGAGGAAUCCCUAAUCAAUAGUUUUUCCUUAAGUGUUCUUACAUCAUGGGAGUUAUUGCUCAGAACCUCUAGAAUGCCAGAUGUUGCUACCAAUGGUACAUUCUAUUGAAAAUAUGAAUAUAAGUAAUCUUUUGUAUGAUGCAAGUUAUCUGAUAGGGGGAGCAAGCUAAGGUUGAGUAUGUGCUGCCGAACGGUAUCUGCCUCUCACUGUGCUUUAUGUUGCAAAGCUAUGCCAAUCCCUGGUUCAGUGAUGGCUAAGCCUUCAUAAUUGUGGCUCAUUCACCUCCAGUCAGAUAUAACAAUAUUAAUAUGCAAGAUAUAGAGAAAAGGAGUGCACUCCUUUAGUUGUUAAAAUGGAUUUGUCACUUGCAAAGUAUUGGCAUGUUUUAGGAGUUAAAAAUCACUUUUUUCUUUUAACCUUAUAUUUUUAUUAUAUUUACAGUUUUAUUAAAUAUAAGGUUGUGCUGGCACAGCCUGGCACAUGAUGCAAAUAAAAAUGUCCCCUAAUCGCCCUCAUGUAGCUUGUGAUGCAUUCACACAUAGGGAAUCAUGGGAAAAUAAUGCCUGGUGGAGGUGGAAGGGCAUAAGAAUGCAGAGAAUCUAAGCAAGAUGAUGGCAGUCAUAUAUCGUAUGAUAUAUCAUCAAUCAGUGUCUUAUAUUAAUGAUAUGGUUCAAGUUUUAGUUUAGAAGUGACAGUUGUCCUUUAAACAUAAUCAGAGUCAGGACUGGCUGAAAAUUUUCAGGCACUUUCUGGUUAUUAGUGAAAAAUAUUAGGGCAUUUUACAAACCUGGGAAUUGUGGAGAAUUGAAAAGGGGAUUGCAGGCCAAAAUGGGUCUACUGAAAAUUUAGCUGAAAUGGAGAAGAUUGCCUGCAAAUGAUGAAAUAUCCGUGAACAGAUUUUCUUUCUAUUGUUUUAUUUAUUAUUUUGCAACAUUUAUGAUACAUUAAUAUCGGGGUCAACUCUGCCCUGUUCUGUCACUUUAAGAAUCAGCUGCAAAUUUUAUAUCUUCCUAUUAUUAGCCUUUCCUCUAAAGUUUCCUAGAUACCAGGUUUGCACAGAUCUAAAAAUAACAUAAAAUAAUUCUGUGUUAGCAGACAGAACCUUCAAUAAUCAUAGUUUAAACUAAUUUGUAUUUAUGUGGCUUCCAUUCAUAUUUAUUUGUAUAACAACUGGCUUUGCAAUGUGUUGUCAGGUAUGCCACAAGGUUAUACAAAAGAUAUUAUAUAACAUUUGUGUGUAAUCUAUUGGAAAAUGACACUUUUUUGGUUUAGUUACCGAGACAAAAUAUGUUAAAUAACACAAAAAAUUGCUAAAACAGGUGUAAAUUGAUGUUCACCCCAUUAAGCUCCAGGUAAUGUGCAUUUAUUUUUAACUUAAUCUGAAAUUUGUCAGAAUAUGGACAGCUUUUGUAUAUUUUAAAGGUAGCCAAGGGCUAUGGGCUAUCAUGUUGCAAAUAUAGAUCAAGUGCCCAAAUAUGAAUGUUUGCUGGUAUUUAAAGGUUACUACAGUCACCAAAACAACUUUAGCUUAAUUAAGUUGUUUUGGUCUAUUGAUAGUACCCCUGCAGUCUCACUGCUCAAUUCACUGCCAUUUAGAACUUAAAUCACUUUAUUUAUGCAGCCAUAGCCACACCUCUCUGCAUGUGAGUUACACAACUUUCUUAAACACUUCCUCAAAAGUCAGAUCUAGUAUUUAAACUUCCUCUUCUUUAAUUUAGAAUUUCUUAUCUCCUGCUAAUAGCUUGAUAGGCCUCGCAGGAGCCUCUUAUGUGUGAUUAAAGUUCAAUUUACAGAGCAGGCGAUAAAAACUUCUAAAGUAACUCAAGUAACUCAACAUCUAAUUGAAAAUUAAAACCAUUUUUUUCAUGUAGGCUGUGUCAGUCACUGGCAAGGGAAGUGUGGGAAGGGCUACAUAAACAGAAACAAGAGGGAUAUAACUUAUAAAUGGCAGAUAAUUGAGCAGUAAAACUUCAGAGGCAUGAUCUGUACACCAAAACUGCUUCAUUAAGCUAAAAUUGUUUUGGUGACUAUAAUGUUCCUUUAAAAUACACCUUUGACUAAGUCAUUAAAAAUCAUCUAUAGCUUUCAAAACACUUUUUUUCUCACAUUAUGCUCCAUUUUCUUUUAAAUGUAUGAUAAUUUUUGGCAACAGAUAUCACAAUCCAGUUCAGGUGUGGAUAUAAUGCCCCCAUCCCCUACAGAAGCUCAUAAUGCAAGGAACAGAUAUAAAGAUUGACACGCAACACUGUAAUAAACCUUCAAUUACUCUUUAUUCCACUAUCAAACAGUGGGCUUAUGUGCUAUGUUGACUGACAGGUGCCAUGGGCAGAGCUUAUAUGAUUGAUUGACAGGGAGUCAAGUAUAAAUAAACAUGGAGUUAUGGAUUUCAUCUUAUUGCUUCUAAAACCUAUGGUCAUGCAGACACCUUUAUGUUUAAUUUGUUGCUAGUUGCUUCCUGCUUUCAAUAAUUUUGUUAUGCUAAGAUUAUUUUUCUUAUUAUAUCAAGUAUAUAUAAGAUUACAGGCAAUAUAUCCUGACAUUUAUUUUGGUAACAAAUUAUAGACAUUGAUGAGUGCCAGGCUCCUCUCCGAAAAUGUCACGAAUCAGCAACCUGUACAAAUACAGUGGGAUCCUACUACUGCACGUGCAAGGAAGGAUUCUUGGGAAACGGAACAGAAUGCUUUGAUUUUGAUGAAUGUCGAGGCAAUGGGACCAUCUGCAACAAUAAUUCACUUUGUAUUAACACUGCAGGGUCCUACCAGUGUAUCUGCAACAAAGGAUUCAUUGGCGAUGGAAUAAACUGCACUGAUGUAGACGAAUGUUAUGAUGGCCAUGUUUGUGGAAACAAUGCCCAUUGUAAAAAUGUCUUUGGCUCUUACGCUUGUCUCUGCCUUACUGGAUUUGCAUCUGCCAACAACUCAUGUACCGAUAUAGACGAAUGCAUAGAUCAAACCUCAUGCCAUGAAAAUGCCACCUGCACAAAUACAGAGGGAUCCUUCCAUUGUACUUGUAAAUCUGGAUUUUCAGGAAAUGGGACGUAUUGUCAAGAUCUUGAUGAGUGUAUUUUUCACCCUCCUGUCUGUCCAAAUAUUUCGACUUGUGUUAACAGCAUUGGAUCUUACUAUUGUGACUGUUGGGUUGGUUACAAAAGCAAAGGUGGCAUAGCCUGCCUUGAUAUUGAUGAGUGCAUAAACCCCUUAACAUGUCAUCCAAAUAGUGUUUGUGUUAAUUACCCUGGUUCAUAUUACUGCAACUGUACCGAUGGCUUCAGAGGGAAUGAUUCACUUUGUGAGGACAUCAAUGAAUGUUUAGAAUCAUACAGCACAAGUAUCUGUCACAAUGGCUCCCAGUGCAUUAACACCAUUGGGUCUUUCUUCUGUCUGUGUGACAUGGGCUUUCAAAGCAAUGGAAGUAGUUGCAUAGACAUUGAUGAAUGUGCAUUGAAUAUAACAGUAUGCGAUAUGUCCCAUGAGUGUAUGAACACCAGAGGUUCCUUUAUAUGCCAGUGCUAUGAAGGCUUUGUUAAAGAUGGUGACCUUUGUGUGGACAUCAAUGAGUGUUUGCAAGAUUUUAACGAAUGCCAUAAUAAUGCUUCUUGCCACAACACGCUUGGAUCCUAUCAAUGUUCAUGCCAAACUGGGUUUAUUGGAAAUGGCAAAGUAUGUGAAGAUGUUGAUGAGUGUUUGACUAACUCAGCGUGUUCCGAUAACAUGCUUUGCCUAAACUCAGAAGGUUCCUACAGCUGUUUUUGUAGAGAUGGAUAUAGGUUACAGGCUGAUAACUGCAUAGAUAUCAACGAAUGCCUACACAAAAUAUCUUAUUGUGGUUCAGCCGGUUUGUGUUACAAUGUUCCCGGAUCAUAUUUUUGUACAUGUCCUCUAGGCUACAUUCUGAAAAACAACACUUGCGUUGAUGUAGAUGAAUGCUCGGAAACGAAGAGCUAUUGUCAUCAUCAAGCACUGUGCUUGAACACACCAGGAUCUUUCUAUUGCGAUUGCUCUCUGGGCUUUUUGUCCAUCGGAGACAUUUGCGCAGAUAUUGACGAGUGCACAGUUGCAAAUGGAGGUUGUCAUUCUGAUGCAUUAUGUAUUAACACACCUGGAAGUUUUUCUUGCAGUUGCAAAUCUGGUUUUGUAGGUAAUGGGCAUGUCUGUAAAGAUAUAAAUGAAUGCGAAUCUGCAGAUACGUGUAAAGAAAACUUGAACUGUAUCAAUACUCUGGGGUCCUAUAAAUGCACAUGUGAUCUAAACAGUCCCUGCCGUCAAACUGCAGUCAAUGGUUGGUUUUAUUUUAGUUAAUUCUAGUAGGACUAUAAAAUCUGAGUUUAAUUUAAUAGAUUUCUGGACAUGUUAGAUCUUGUAUGUAAGAUUUAUUUUCUGUGUAAUGAAAGCAUACUCACAGGCAAUUCUUGAUGAUGGUGCACAUUAGUCAUUUGAUUGGUUUCUUGAUCUGAGGAUAUUCUGAGUUAAACCUUACUAACCUGCAUGAUUGAGAGUUGCACAUUUAAUUGCAGCAUUUGAAGUCUUACAAUGCAUUUUGGGAGCUACAAAGCUUGUGCAAUUUAAUUACAGAAAGAUUUAUUCAAUAAAAAGCAUGUUGUAAUGCGUUGAAAACUGAAUUUAAAAAUUCAGGCUAAAAUAGUCAUGUAGUGGGUUGGAGAAUUUUUCCAAACUAGAUAUUUUGUCAAAAAUUUGGCAAUUAAAUAUUCAACUCACUACCGUUCACUAGAACAAUAGAGUAUAAACCCCCUAAAUUAGAAAAAUAGUACUAUUUGUUUGCAGUUAGAUUUUCAAUACAUAACUGUUCAAUUUUGAAAGAAAAAUAUUUAAAAAAAAAAUCUAAAAUGUUUUAUUUGCUAUCUUAAUUUUUAGAUUGUUAAAGUGCAAGUAAUGAAAAUUAAGUGGAAUAUUACUUCUUGCAACUUUUUAGUUUUUUCACAGAAUGAAGGAACAUAAUAAUGAGUGAAUAUGGCAAUUGAAACCACUACUUUUUAUCUAACCCUUCAGUAGUACAAAAUUCAUUUAUUUACUAAACAGUUAAUUGUGUUGAACUGACAAGAGGAUUGCACAAUUUGAACCGAAUAAGAAAAUGAGUGAUUAUUUUCCAAAUUUAUUUUAAUGCCCAAAUUUUGCAAUGUCUUUGCCAAUUUACCGAAAUGUACUGGUUAAUAUACACACUUUAGAAACAAUCUGGGUCACAAAUAUGCAAAGAUUAUGAUUGCAGGACAAUUAUCCUCAUAUUGGGAGAGAAAAAUACAUACGAGAAAAAACAGAUCAAUAGAAAAUAGACAAUAAAAUGAAGGGUGAUGUUAAGAUAAUAGAGGACAAAUUGUUCUCUGUGUUUAGGUAGCAAUUUAAUUAAUUAUCUGCAUUCUUAUUGUGAAUGGAAGCACUGAUGAUUUUUUAGAAAGUUGUUUGUGAUUUUAAACUGUAUAAUUUAUCAAGAGCUUAUUUCACCUGGAUUAAUGUUGACUGGCUAUCUCAAGUUGGCAACUGGCUUUAUAUGAAAUUUACAUUUAGAGAACGUUUAAUACGAUAGAACUGUAGUUGUUAUUAAUUUUAUUUUUGUGAGGUCAAAAUAGUCUACAGCUUGUUAAAAUUUUACAUUCUGGAUCUAAAAUAGCAAAAAAUAUAUAUAUUUUUUAUAUAAUGACAAAUUCAUGUGAACAGGGACAAGCAGAGAAAUUGGCUCUAUUUAAUGAGUUUACAACUUUGAAAUAUUAAACCUAUUUCUAUUAAUUGACUAUAUCUCCCAUGACCCUUACAGCGCAUUUGGCUGUAAAUGUUAUGACAUUUUUUGUCAAUUUACAGUUAAUUUAUCAGGUAAGCUGAGUAACAAAAUAGAUAAAAUAUACUUAUUGAUGUGACCCUCUAAUACAGUGAUGGCGAACCUUUUUGAGCCCGAGUGCCCAAACCGCAAUACAUGCCAACUUUUUUUCCAUCAAAGUGCCAACAUGGAAAUUAAACCUGAAUAGUGAGGUUUACGUUUAGAAAAAACUACUCGUACAGUUAACAACUUUUGUUUUAAAAGAAGAACACAACAGAGAGUUAAAUUAUACAAAUUUUAAAUAACGAUAUAAAUUAAGCUUAUAUUAGUAUCUCCAACAAAUGCAAUACAUACACACAGACUGCUGAACACAUUCACACAACAACUGCUUAAUACAUACACUCACCGAGACACAGACAGACUGCUAAAUACACACACAGUCCGCUAAAUACAUGCACACUGCUGAGUACGCAGUCUGCUGAAUACACGCACGCAGUCUGCUGAAUACACACUGAAUACACACACAUAUACUGCAUUGAGGGGUGCAGUGUAUGUGUCUGUGUGUAAUGUGUGGGGGUUGGGGUGCUGUGUGUGUUUGGGGGAAAGGGUGCUGUGUGUGUUUGGGGGAAAGGGUGCUGUGUGUGUAAGGGUGCUGUGUGUGUGGGGGUGCUGUGUGUUUGGGGGGGUGUGUGUGUGGGGGGGUAGGGGUGCUGUGGGUAGGGGUGCUGGGGGUAGGGGGAGUAGGGGUGCUGUGGGUAAGGAGGGUAGAGGUGCUAUGGGGUGUAGGGGUGCUGGAGGUAGGGGUGUUGUGGGUAAGAGGGGUAGGGGUGCUGUGGGUAGUGGGGGUGCUGGGGGUAAGGGUUCUGUGGGUAGGGGUGCUGGGGGUAGGGGUGCUGUGGGUAAGGGGGAUAGAUUAUUAAAUCAGUACCCCCCCCUUCCCUUCUUCUAACCUUUGGUGAAGGGGAGGGGGGGACACAGCCAUCCCUGGUGGUCUGGUGGUGGUAUGCAGGACAGGAUGACAAGUCCUGCAGCUCUCCUGUCCUCCCGCGCGAUGCUGUGUGGAGCGUUGCCAUGGUAAUAGCUCCACAUGCGUUGCCACAUAGCUCGCAGGAGGACAGGAGAGCUGUUUCCUCGAUCCCUCCUCCCUGCUUCCGGUCCUGCCGACAUAGAAGCAGAGUAGGCGCCUGCCGUUUCGGGCAGGCAGACGCCUACUCUGCAGUGAUGGCAAACCUAUGGCCGCGUGCCCACAGAGAGGGCCCGGCGUGCCACCUGUGGCACGCGUGCCAUAGGUUCGCCAUCACUGCUCUAAUAUGUCUGCUAAGAAGCAGGAGAAGCAGGGACUACAUUUAAAUUAUUAUAAUGACAAGAUUUCCACAAUUUGGCAAAACUAGAUGUACAUUUUGAGAUAAUAAUAUAUAAUUUAAAAAAUAUAAUUUAUUUUGUCUUUUAGAUAUAGGAAGUGAGUAAAAGCAUUACAUAUUUUAACGUUUCUGUUGAUAUUUUCACAAUUUCUUCAAAUGUUAUUUUUUUUUAGAAUAAAUAUAUAUUCUUUCAAAUAUACUUUAAAAUUAUUUCCUGCAGAAACUUUGCUUUAUCCGUUUGGAGGGAGUAUUGGUGAUUUAUCUGUACUAGCAAAAAGCAAAGAUGUAAUUUCACCAGUUAUAAUCCCAUACAUAGGAUUUCCAUUCCUGGGACAGACCUACUACAAAGUACAUGUAAGUAUUGUUUAUAUAUAUAUAUAUAUAUAUACAAGGAAAGGUUAAAGGAACCUAACAUGUACAGUUUGGAGGAAAGACGAGACAGGGGGGAUAUGAUAGAAACAUUUAAAUACAUAAAGGGAAUCAAAACAGUAAAGGAGGAGACUAUAUUUAAAAGAAGAAAAACUACUACCACCAAGAGGACAUAGUCUUAAAUUAGAGGGACAAAGGCUUAAAAAAAUUUUCAAUUACUGAGAGGGUAGUGGAUGCAUGGAAUAGCCUUCUAGCUGAGGUGGUAGAGGUUAACACAGUAAAGGAGUUUAAGCAUGCGUGGGAUAGGCAUAAGGCUAUCCUAACUAUAAGAUAAGGCCAGGGACUAAUGAAAGUAUUUAGAAAAUUGGGCAGAUUAGAUGGGCCGAAUGGUUCUUAUCUGCCGUCACAUUCUAUGUGUCUGUGUUUCUAUUCAUAGACAGAAAUCAAAGUGGCGGUAAUACAGUAAAAACAUAUUUAGAAAAGUCCUAAUAAGGUAUACUGUUAAGAUGGUGGGUAAACUUGAAUUUACACAUUUCACUGUCCAGAGUAUUUAAACAGUUACAAACACAAAACAUAAGUAAAGCAUACAGUUGCUGCCUUGUUUCUGAGGCCAUUCAGAUCAUCAUUAGAACUGGAGUUGAUACCAAAUUUGUGAUAAUUGUAGAACUGACGUACACAGGUCAUUGUUUAUUAAUGAAUUAAGUGAUUACUGUCUUAUUUCUCAUUUAUAGUUUUCAGAUAAUGGCCUGGUUCAAUUUCAGCCACCCAAUGUCACUGAGAAAUAUUUGUUUCCUAAUCCUUUUGGAAAGGGAUUUAGAGGAGAUGAAAAGAUGGCCUUAUUGGCCGUGUUUUGGGACGAUUCUGAUCUCACACUGGGACAAGGGAAUCUUUGGUAUCAGGUUGGUAUUGGCUGACUGAUUUUUAGCAUUCCAUCAAACUGUUUUGGUGUUAAUUUACUAUAAAAACAAAAACAUGAGUUAUUAUUAUUAUCAUUUACAUAACGCUAACAAAUUCUGCAGUGCUUUAUAAUCAUAGAAGGGGGGGUAAUUGAUAACAAGUAAUUGACAUUAAAAAAAAAAUUAACAAGAGACGAGACAAAGAAGACUCUGCUCAAACACGCUUACGAUCUAUAAGGAAUGGGUAUAGAUACAGUAGAGAAAUAACUGCAUGUCAGACAAGAGGAGGGACUGAUGGAAAAUAUGCCUGUGUCAAAAUAGCUAGUCGGAGUGGUGUGUGGAAGAACUGAACAGUGGAAGGAGAGAAAGUGUGAUGGGGUAUAAAGGCGACGGAACUGAGAAGAACAAGUGUAAUGAGAAGAGCGUCACUCAGGAAGAUGAUAGGCUGUCCUAAAGAGGUGUGUUUUUGGUGAAUUGUUGAAGGACUGGAGGGGACAGUUUGAAGGUUUAAAAGACCACUAUAGUCACCCAGACCACUUCAGCUCAAUGAAGUGGUCUGUGUGCCAGGUCCCCUAGAUUUUAACCCUGCAGCUGUAAACAUAGCAGUUUCAGAGAAAUACAUUGAAGGGUUAAUCCAGCCUCUAGUGGCUGUCUUCCACGAUGCUCAAUGAUAAAAUCGCAUUGAGCACGCAGAACAUCCAUAGGAAAGCAUUAAGUAAUGCUUUCCUAUGGGCGGUUUGAAUGCGUGCACAGCUCUGGCCGCGCAUUCGCAUUCGGCUCCACUCGGGAGCUGACGUCGGAGGGGGAGGAGAGGUCACCAGCGCCGAAGGAGCCCGGCGCAGGAUUUAAGGUAAGAGGCUGAAGGGGUUUUAACCCUUUCCGCCCAGCAGGAGGGGGGCCCUGAAAGUGGGGGGGACCUAAGGACUAUAUAGUGACAGGAAAAUGACUUUGUUUCCCUGGCACUAUAGUGGUCCUUUAAGGUAUUAAAUUCCACGAGAACGAGGCAGACUAUGAAAAACUGUGCAGAUCAAAGUUGGCAGUGUAGGUAUAAGAUGACGUCAAAAGGAGGUUGCUUUCAGAGAGAAGGGUAUGAGAAGGGGGUACUUGUUGAGUAAAGAGAAAAUUUAAGUUAAGAUUCUACACUGUAUCCCUUUCUGCUUUUUAGUAAACAUAUUUAACAACAUAAAAACAAAACUCCCUUAAAGUAUCUGUAAGUAAUAUAAAGAGAUUAAUAAAGUAAAAAUAGUGGGUUAUUCCUUUGUGUCAAUGACGUAAAUUUAAUAAUAAGUUAUAUUGUUUUAAUGAAACGUUAAAACAGGAUAUUCAGAGGACACAUAUGCAGAAAGCACAAAUAUUUAAGGAAGUUGGAAAGAAAUUAGUUACCUGUCAAGAGCAUUGAUUGCUUAGUCUUGUAAGCCUCGCACCUCACCUUUAAACAGAUAAUGUUAGGGCUCAUACUGAACAAUACAUAGACACCUUUAUUUAUUUAUUUAUUAAAUAUUUACCAGGAAAGAUCGAUGAUAGAUGUAGCGUUAGUAGAGCGCAAUGUGUGUAUAUUUAUAUAGGAAAAUAUGAUAAACUGUGUUUUUCAGGUAUAUACAGCUGAAAAUCAGACAGACCUCUACUCACAAAUAAUAUUUAAUAGAACCUUUGAAGAAGUAAACAGAUAUUUCUUAAAGAAUCUUAACGCAGCCUUUACUCCAAGAUGGAUAUUAAAAAUAACAUGGGAUCAAAUCUUACCUGUGUCUUUCCAGAAAAUUUCAAAAAAUGAGGUAAACCUACUUUGUUAAUAUAUAUUUUUAAAACUGUACAUUUUUACAUUUCUUACACACUUUACAUACAUUAGAUGCUAUAUAUCUGACCACUGAUUAGGAUCUACCAUUUUAAAAACAUGGGAAAAAGGUGUAUUCCAAAUAGGUGGCAUACCAACACUACAUGGACACUAUGGAAGGGUCGAUCAGUAUCAGCAAACUUCACAUGUGAUCAUCUGAACAAGAUGCACAUAAAGGUUUAUUCACUGAAAAGUGAAUUACAGUGAGCCGAAAACCAGGUUACAAAAUUUAGGCAACAAAUUCUGAUAUGGAAAAAUUUCACAACUCCGUUAUAGUCACAGUAACGUCAAAGUCUGGAGGUUUACAGUAAUAGCUGGAACUUUAAACGUGACUCUCCUUUUAAUGUAUUUAUUUGAUUGUUAAUUUGUUGUUUUUGCAAGUAUUUUAAUGCAUUGUCCAUAUAAUACACUCAACAAAAAUGGAACAGCCCCAUCCUGUUUCGAGUGUGCCUUUAAUUACAAUUGGUGCAAUAAUAAGUAGAUACUCAGGAAGAAGGUUCUUUUCUUAUAUUCAGAUAAAUUGGACUGAGAUGAACUGGUGUGGAAGAAUUCAGAAAGGAGAGUUACCUACCAGGGAAUCAAGAAAAGUUGUUUUUUUUUAAAUAAGUUAUGUACUCUAUAAUAUAGAUUACAAUAAAAUUGUUUUUAGUUGACUGGUACAGUUUAAACAAUUUAUAAAGUAUAAACUGUGUAUUGUCCAUUUUGCAUGUCUUCCAGUUUCUUCUCCUAAUUUAAUGUUAUUUUCCAUACAUUCAGACAAAUACAUUCCAAUGCGUAAUAACAACUGAUGGAACUUUUUCUUUUGCCUUACUCAAAUAUUACAACAUGUCGUGGGGCCCUGGACAAAGGGUGUAUCACAGAGCUUUAAUUGGUUACACAAAUGGAGAAGGCAUAUUUUACAAUGAUCCACACACUCAGAAGAACAACACAUAUGGACCAGAAGGAAGAUACAGGCCGCACAAAGUCCUUGGAAAUACUAACAGAAUUGGUUUAUGGGCAUUCCGGUUGGAUGCUCCACUGAAUAUUAGUAAAAUAGAUUACCAUAAAAAAUGUUGGGAAUGGUAUAACUCAGAGCCUGAAAGUUUUACGUGGAAUGUUAACAUACCAUCUUGCCCGUGUGUUAAACCUCAGGUGGCUAAAGAUGUCUCCUUCAUUCCUGAUAUCAUGUCCAUUUCCAGCAUAGAUAUGAUAAGGAACUUGAGAUCUUUGCAAGGCAAUGGAACAACGUUCCAGUCAACUCUUCCAAACCAAAAUUUUGCAGGACGUAGAUGCGUUUAUGACUCAGAUGGAUACUUAAAAACUGGAAUCACUGAUCGAUACUUUAUUUAUGACUCUAGCAUCAAGAGAAUUGAAGAUCAUAUAGGUAGGCCAUGUUAUCUUGUAGAGGGUGUGGGAAGGGCAAAUAGCACGACUGACGUAGAAAGAAAACAAUUUAAGGGCUUAGAAUGCAAAGGUAUAUUAUCAUUUUAUUAACUAAUUUGACUAUUUCUCAUUGCAGACAAAGAUUUGUUGCCAUUCCAGUGGUGCUGUGUAAACACAACUCUCUGUCAUUUAUACUAUGAUAAAAGGCCCCUGGAUAACUGCGCCAAUUAUUCUGCACCAGGAUUAGGUGAGUAAUUUGGUAGUGUAUAUGAGUAUAUGGGUGUCAUGGAAAGGAACUGUAAACAAACCAAUUUAUGCAGUUCAUUGAAACAAUAAAAGGUUUCACCAAGUACCAUGACAACUUUACUGCUUUGAAGUAGUCAUGGUGCCUAUAAUCUGUAUUUGCAACAUUUUGCUAUGAAACGCUGCACAUACAGAGUUUAACCCCUAUUAAAUUCUCAACCUUUUAUGGAGAAGUACCCAUGCAGGAAAGUAAAAUUUAUAUUGAUUUAAAGUCCAAAUGAAAUGUGUAAACACUGAUAUUUAAGUUAAUCCUAUAUUGAAGAACAAGCCAAAUUAAAGGUAUUAAAGAAUAUUUUUCAAAAUUAAUAUGACAAAAUGUGAAUUAUUUGAAUGUAAGAAGGAUUGUAUGAACUAUUAAUCUGAAUUUUAAACGCCACAAAAUGAAAAUAUAAUACACACAGAGGACACUGACACACACAGUUACACACAUAGGAUAGUGACACACACACACUUACACACAGAAGACACUGACACACACUUACACACAACACACACAGAGGACACUAACACACUCACUGACAGACAUACUCUCACUGAUUUGACACACGCUGACAGACACACUUACCGACACACACAUUCACUGACAGACACUCACUGAUUUGACACAAACUGACAGACACCGUGACAGUAGUAUACGGUAUCACCGUCAAGCACUCCCUUCUUCCCAUAAAAGAAAAUCACCCAAUAUUCCACAAGUAGAAAUAUCCCUGGAAUCGACGAAUAAUCCACACAUGAGCCAAAGCUUAAUGCUGGAACAAGACUGAUUUGCUGGCACACAGGACUCACAAUUUAUGCAAUGCAAAACUCCUCCUCUGGGCCAGGCUAGAUAAUUAGGUUUCAGCAAUACACAAAGCUCAAUUAUCUGCUGGCCAGAAACAUUAUAAUUUUUAACAAUUUCAGAAAAGUACUUUUUAUAAUACAUACAACUAUAAUUUUAACAUCCCUGGGUAGCUGAGGAUACUGGUAGUCACAUAUCCAAAUCUCACGAAUUUCCAUUCGGUAGUUUCCGUGUCGCAUCGUGUGGAAGUUUGAUCGGCUCGCCAUGUGGAGGUAUCCGAGCUAGAGUUCCAUAGAAUCAGUAGCAAGAGCCGGUCUCUGUUUGCAUCUAACUACACGAAAACCACCGUUCGUAUGGUGCAGCUGGUUACAUACGAAUGUUCCCCUCGUUCGGUAGAUUCUAUCUACCGAAUGCCAGUUUGAUUCGUGGAGGGGAACGUAUACAUCCAGGACUUCCAUGAAGACCGGGCGUAAUGUGCCCAAAACAGGAAUGUGAUAAAUGCAACAGACUGAUGACAGCUGUACUGAAUACAAAUUAGCAGUACAAUUUACAUAGUCCAUAUUUUCCCUAUAUUAAAACUGAUUCCAUGGUGCUGCUUAAUAUGGGGUAAGAACAAAAAUAAAAAAUUUUGAUCCAGUGGUGGAUCAAUGGGGCAAUUUGUCCCCUCACUGAGAGCCGAUGCUCUCCCCUGCAGGGCCGGUGCUAUCCAAGCCCUGCUAUGUGCCUUCACAAGGGGAGAUCAGAGAUCUACUUCACCUGUUCACAGGCACUUUGCUGGCAGCCGCCAGGAGAGGGAGAGAGGUCCUGGGAGUUCAGCCUGCAGCUCCUCCGGGUCCUCCUCUUGCUAGCACAGAGCGUUGCCGUAGUUACCGUGGUACUCCAGAUAUUGUGAGAGUGAACUCUAGCCCAGAAGCUUCAGGCUAGAGUUCACUCUCCACUGACCACCAGGGAUUGAGAAAGAUCCCCCCUCCCAGGCAAAGGUAAGAAGGGAGGAGGGAUCUAAAGAUUAUUUAUUUUAAUAAAAAAACAAAAAACACAUAUAUAUAUAUAUUUUUAAUCUUCCCCCUACACCCACACACAAUAACUUCCACAUUCACACAUUGCCCCCCCACACAUUGUCCGCCCACACUCUAUACCCCUUACACACACUGUACCCCUCACUCACACACUGUACCCCACUAUCCCCCACACACACUCUACCCCUCAAACACACACUGUACUCCACACACACUGUACCCCUCACACACACAAACUGCACCCCUCAGACACACUGCACACCUCAAACACCUUGCACACCUCACACACACUGCACAGCUCACACAAACUGCACUCCUCAGACACGGUGAACCCCUCACACACACACUGCACCAUUCACACACACACACUGUCCCCUUACACACACACAAACUGUACCCCUCCACACACGCACACUGCACCCCUCACACAAUCUGCACCAUUCACACAUUUCACCCCUCACGCACACACACACUUCACUUCUCACACACACACACACACACACACACACACACACACACACUGCACCACUCUCUCUUUCUCACCCACCCACCCACCCACACACACACACACACACACAUUGCACCCCUCACACACUACUGCCCCUAUACCCUACUAUUGCCCCUAUCCUGGCAGACUCCAGGUAAGUUGUCAAACUGUUCUAAAGUGGUUUGACUACUUAUUCUGGGAGGGCAACGCAGCACUCCUGACACCAUAACCACUUCAUAGAGCUGUUGUGGUUAUUGUGUCUGGAUUGUUCCUUUAAAUAAUCUACCAGUGCCCCUCUCGAGAUUAGGUUCUGGAUCAGCCCCUGCUUUGAUCGUGGCAGACCUUAUAAGUCCAUUUAAGAAGAGCCUUCUUCCUCUUUUUAGCCUUCUUCACCUCUUGUCUUUGUUACUAUUCUGUAUGUCAGUUACCUGUUGUCAAUAACAAUUACCCCAAUUCUAUCAUUGUAAAGCGCUGCGGAAUAUGUUGGCGCUAUAUAAAUGUUGAUAAUAAUUUACUUUAAAUUAAAUCAAAACUCAGAAAGUGAUUAUUUAAUAACAAACCCUCACCACGCAAAAACAUACAAAGCAGAUCUAUUACUCACAGAUAGAAAAUAUGAAUGAUAUACUUGUUGCAUAUUGACAAAAAUCAGAAGUAUCAAUAAAUACACUUGUUCAUCCUACAGGUCAAGUCUAUGGAACACUACAUUUUUCCACAUUUGAUGGACAGGAUUAUUCAUUUAAAGGCCUGGGAGAAUUUGUCAUAGUCAGGCUUUCCUCUGUCAAAGGAGCUAAUGUAUUCACCCUUCAAGGACAAACAGAAACGCGUCAGGCAGAGGCUGUAAUGGCUAACACAUCUGCGCUUGUUCGUUUGGCUGCUUUUUACCAGGGAACAUUGAAAGUAUGUUAAUAAAACGAUAUAUAUUUAUAUAUAUCAUUUUCUAAUAAGCAUUAUUUUGCUAAUCUAGUUUUUAUGUUUAUUGUAGGUAGAAUGGAGAAUAUCGGACAGUAAAAAAGAAAUACAGGUUUUAGUAGAUGACACCUUUGUAGAAUUCAGGACAGGUAAACUAUUUUAUGUAGAUUAGAGCAAUAACAAUGGUCAGACUGAUUGUUUGACUGAUUUGCUUAUUUUUUCCUAUUAAGUAUGUUUAACCAAUUCCUGUCUGGUCUCAAUAUCUUGUUCUUUUCUGUUGCUGCAUCACAUUAGUGUACCUAGCAUUCUCUUUAAUCUGUGUAUGGUCCAAUACAGUCAUAUAUACAAGUGUAAGGCAUCAACAAAGCCAAAAUGAAUCCUUUCACCAAGUAUUGAAAGCAAAUGGAUAUAUUUUCAAAAGAAGUAUAUGUAAAAAAAACAAAACAAAAAAACAAAUGGGAAAAACACAUUCCUUCAUUUAGUAUAUGACAGGAUCCUUCAGCCAUUUACAUGCACCUUGGGUCAGAAAGUGUAUGGAAACCAACAGUUAGUCUCUAUGGUCUUCCCUGCUUCACUCCCUGCACAGAUAAUCUGUAUUUAUAUAUUUAUAUAUUACAUAUAUUUAUUAAAUAUAUAAGUAUAGAUUUGUUUACUGUUUUUAUUUUCUCCCUUUAUAGCUCUCUUCUCACUUGGUCUAUGGAUAAGAUCAAAAUUGAAUUACUGUACACUAACCAUCAAUCAUGUCUUUUUUUGGUGCCUCGGAACUCCAAAUCAUGAAACAAAGGAACGAUAUGUUCAUUUUUUCACUAAACAAUUGUAUGAAAUUGCCCGAAACUAAUGCUUAUUAUUUUUUUUGAUGAAUCAAUUCAGACAAACCAAAUUGUCUUAUACUGCUUACUCCUCAUAAAUUAUGGAGUAAUUAGCUCUAUGUAACUCCUGUUGGACUUUGACAGUAAUGUAUUAGCUCUACGUAACUCCUGUUGCACUUUGAUGGUGUUGAGGUAAUAUGGAAAAAACAAGAUUUUCCUUUUUUUAAACAACAAAUUAUAGCCCACAAUAUAAUACUUAGACAGGGCUAUUAUUAAUACCACUGAUAUAAGAAAACCAUUCAAUAAAAUAGUUGUGAUAACAUCCAUUACAGCUUGUUGGUUGCUACAAAAUGACUGCUCUUGUCAAACUGGUAUGCCUAAGUGUUUUAUUUAUUAGUAUAUCCUAAUGGUAUAAAACAUAAGGCUGUCAACAGGCCACCUCUUUCACAAAUAACUGAGUCCAGCUUUUUUUAGGCGGUUGAAUUCCCUUUUAAUUUCCCCUUUAACCCCUUAAUGACGAGUGACGGACGAGGUCCGUCACUCAGGGGAUUUCCAUAACGACAAGUGACCUUGUCCGUCACCCAUUAAAAUUAACCCCGGAUCGCCGCUUUCGCUGCGAUCGCGAGGUUAAUGGUGCUCCAGUCUACCUCUGUAUUAAUGGCAGACCGGGAGCACCCGAUCAGGUUGCCCCAGCACCGUUGCUCGCUCUGACAGGGUGUCAGAGCGAGCACAUGUGCUCCAUAUACUCACCUUCUGCCUCCCUGCACUUCCUGGUUCUGUGUGAAGUGCAUGGAGGCGAAACAGUGAUGAUCCUGCCCCCUGUGUAAAAAAAAAUAAAGUUAGUUUAAAAUCCCACCCCCUUUACCCAUUUUAAUAAAAAAUUAACCACUUCCCUGCCAAUUGAUCACUGAGUACAGUGAUCAAUUGACAGGGAUUACAUUUUACUGUCAUCUGAUUUUUUUAACCCCUGAGGGUUAAUUCUUUUUUUUUAACCCUCAGGGGUUAAAUUUAUUUAAUUAAUUAAUUAAAAUAUUUUAAAAUUAUAUAUUUAGCUAGCUGGGGUGGGUGGGUGGGUGGAAGUUAGUGGGGAAUUGGGGGAUUUGGUGUUAGGCUAACUAGGGGUUAACGUUAAAAAAAGUUUUAAAAUAAACUUUAAAAAGUUAAAAAUAAAGCUAAAAGAUAUAUGCAGGGGAUUUUAACAGUAUUCAAGAUCCCCUAUUAGAUAAGUUCUCAGAAAAACAAUCUAUUUGGGACAAGCAAGUUUUAAAGAACGCAAGGAUUUUUAACAACUUGAUGAAAAAAGAAGGUUUAUAUGAUAUAUGGAGACUUAACAAUCCUGCAGGGAAAGAAUUUACGUUCUAUUCCUGGCCCCAUAAUUCAUAUUCUCGAAUAGACCUAAUAUUUGGAGAUCUAAAAUUAAUAGAUAAAAUAGGUAAAAUAGAAAUUAAACCAGUAAUAUGGUCAGAUCAUGAUAGUGUGAGCUUGGAACUUAAUAGUAAUAGAGUAAAUAACAACAAGAAUAUAACGUGGAGAUUAGAUGAAUCACUAUUAUUAAGUAAGGAGCAUAAAGAUUAUAUAGACAAGAUGAUUAUCUGUUAUUUUGAAGAGAAUAAUAACGGAUUAGUGGAGAAUGAUAUUUUAUGGUGCUCAUUUAAAGCAGUAAUAAGGGGAUAUUGUAUAAUGCUUAAUAAACUUAAGAAAAAAAAAGAAGGUGCAAAUAUACAAAAUCUUUAUAUGGAAUUAUAUAAAUUAAAUAAACUUAAUAAAGAUAUUCCAACUAAAGACAUUAAGUUAAAAAUAGAGAAAAUUAAAUCUGAAAUUCAGGAAAAAACUUAUGAAAAAAUAAAAAAAAAUAUGCUCAAACUUAAAAUUAAAUAUUAUCACAAAUCUAAUAGAGCGGAUAAAAUAUUGUCCAAUUUGCUGAAAAAAAAAAAUAUGACCAAUAAGGUUGAUAAAAUAAUAACUAAUGAUAAUAUCUCCCUUUUACCAGAACAGAUAGGGAAGGCAUUUAAUGAGUAUUAUGCUAAUUUAUAUAGUCUUUCAGUAACCACUCCAUCAGAAAUAAUAAAAAAAUAUAUCAAGUCAGCCAAAUUGAAUAAAAUAACAGAAUUACAGAUAAAUAAUCUAAAUAAAGAGAUUAGGGAAGAAGAGAUUAAGAUAACAAUAGAUAGAUUAGAAACCUAUAAAACGCCAGGUCCAGAUGGAUUUGGAAAUAAAUUUUAUAAAAUUAUGCAACCUCACUUGAUACAACAUUUAAAAAACACUUUUAAUUCCGCAGUUAAAAAGGGCAGAUUUCCUGAGGAAAUGCUUAAAACAAAUAUUUUACCUAUAUUGAAACCUGGGAAAGAUCCUACUAGAGUACAGAGUUAUCGCCCAAUAUCAUUAAUAAAUGUGGAUAUCAAGAUAUUUUCUUCUAUUAUAGCUAGCAGAAUAAAAGAAGUCAUUAAGCAAAUAAUCCACCCUGAUCAAACAGGUUUUGUACCAGACAGGAUGUCAAGUAAUAAUAUGAGACGUGUGAUAAAUGCAUUAGAUUUCUCACAAAAGGAAAAAAGUCCCAUGCUGAUCCUGUCUUUAGAUGCUGAAAAAGCCUUUGACAGGGUCAGCUGGGAUUUUAUGAAGUUUACUUUAGAGGAAUUAGGUAUACAAGGUUGGUUGCUUGAUGCUAUUUUUGCUUUAUAUAAAGAUCCAAAGGCGAGAACUAUUGGCCCCGGUAUAUGUUCAGAUUGGUUCAAACUGAAUAACGGGACCAGACAAGGCUGUCCUCUAUCCCCUUUAUUGUUUAUAUUAACAUUAGAGGUUCUAGCUAACAGAAUCAGAAAUAAUGAAAAUAUUAAGGGAGCAAAACAGAAAGAAAUGAAAAUAUCCCUUUAUGCUGAUGAUACUAUUCUUUUUUUGAAUUCAUCAAUAUCAAUAACAAAUGCAAUGUCAGAAAUUGAUAUAUAUAGCGCAGUAUCAAAUUAUAAAUUAAAUAAAACAAAAUCAACUGCCAUAUAUAUGAAUAUGACAAAGCAAGAAAUAGACUUUUAUCAAGAAACAUACGGUUUUAUUAAAGCUAAAAUGUUUUUGUAUUUGGGAAUUAAAAUUUGUAGAAAGGUAGAAAGUAUCAUGAGAAUAAAUUUUAUGGAUCUCCUGAAAGAGACUAAUAAGAAUUUGAAAGAAUGGAGAAAAUUAGAAGUAUCUUGGGGAGGAAGAAUAAACAUUUUGAAAUCAUAUGCUCUACCAAAAUGGAUCUACUUGUUUAGAAUGCUCCCGUUAGAAAUUCCGAAUGCAUGGCUGACAAUGAUCAAUAAGGCUUUUUCUGAUUUUGUAUGGCGAGGAAAAAAACCUAGAGUUAAAAAUGGAGUUUUAGCAAGGGGAAUAAAGAAGGGAGGUCUAGGAUUUCCAAAUAUAAGAAAAUACUAUGAAGCAGGAAUUAUUACGCAUGUUAUGGCUAGUCAAGUGAAACAAAACAAAGAGGAAGUAUGGUGGUGGUUGGAACUAGAUUAUAGCCAAUUAAGAAGCAAUUUAGAAGUAGUCUGGGGUACAGAAAAGCGUAAUUUGUCCAGAUCGUAUAUUUUAGGACAGAUUAUUCCCAUUUGGCAAAAAAUAAGGAAAAAAAUUGACUUGGCAAAUAAGAUAUUUGACUUUCAAAAUUUAGAAAUAAUAGAAUUAAAUAUGGAGAGUAUAUCCUUAAAACUAUAGAAAGAAAAAGGAAUAAAUAUUUUAGAGGAUCUAUUUAAAGGAAAUAAAAUUAAAUCUUAUAAAAAGUUAGUUGAGGAAUUGAAGUUCUCUGAAAAAGAUAUAUAUACUUACUAUAGAGUAAAACAUUACUUGGAGAAAGUUGAGUUAGUAAAAGAAGGCAAGAUGUACGAUAUUUUAAAAAUAAUCUUACAUCAGAAUAAGACAAAGCAACUGUUCUCUAGAUGUGUUAGACUGUUGGAUCUAAUGGAUGAUUCUGUCCUGCCCACUGCCAUUAAAAAAUGGAACACUGAAUUAAAAAUAAAUAUUGAAUUAUCUGAAUGGCUAUUUACGGCACAAAAAAUCAACAAAUACGUUCACUCCUUUGUACUGAUAGAAACACAUUUUAAGUUGGCUAAUCAAUGGUAUAUGACGCCAACAAAAAUAGCUAAAUUUGAUGUAUCGAGGGACAUUAAAUGUUGGAAAUGCAGGGAGGAAAAGGGAAAUUAUAUUCAUAUGUGGUGGUCAUGUAAGCAAGUGAUUGUUAUAUGGCAGUGGGCUCAAUUUAUCAUUCAUACACUGUGUGAUGUCAAAAUGCCUUUAAAACCUGAAGUCAUGUUAUUACAUUAUAAAUGGCCAAAAUUGAAUAAAAUAAAUCAAUUUUUAAUUAUCCAUUGCUUAAUGGCUUGUAAAAUAAUAAUAGCAAGAAAUUGGAAUAACAAUUCAGUUGGUUUACCAACUUAAAAUGGAGAAAGAUCAUUGCAAACUUUUGAAGGAUGAUUUGAGCCUAUGGGAAAAUUGGGAGAAAAAAUUAUUACAACUGUAAAAGGAAUGUCAUUUGAAAAAGUUGGAAAAAGUUGGAAGUCUGUAGAACUCUCGUGGGGUGGUGGAUAGUUUUUCUGUGAUUUUUUUUGUCUUCUGUUUGUCUGUUUUUAUGUGGAUGAAUGUAUUUUAAUUUUUUUUUUGUAAAAUGUACUUAUGGUGGAAAAUCUGAGAAUAAAAAGAUAUUAAAAAAAAAAAAAAAUAAAGCUAAAAAAAAAGUUUUAAUAACGUUUAAGUAAAAAAUAACCCCCCCCUUUACCCAGUCCAAAUAAAAAUUAACCUCUUCCCUGCCAGUCGAUCACUGCCUACAGUGAUCAAAAUACAGAUCACAGUAUUAUAUUGUGAUCUAAUUUUUUUUAACCCCUGAGGAUUCACUUUUAUUUAUUUUUUAACCCUCAUGGGUUCAAUUUAUUUAAUUAAUUAAUUUAAAUAUUUUAUAAUUAUAUAUUUUGCUAGCUGGGGUGGGUGGGAGUUAUGGGAAAAUGGGGAAUUUACUGCUAGUGCUGCUUACUGCUAGUUAGGGGUUAACGGUAAAAAAAAAAAAGCUUAGAAAAAUGUUAAAUCUGUAAAAAAAAAAGUUUUAAGAAAGUUUAGGAAAGUUUAAAAAAAAUUAAUAAGCAAAACAAAAGUUUAAAAACUAGUUUUUAAAAGUAAAAAAAGUUUCAAAAAGUAAAAAAAUACAUUUAAAAACAUUCAUUACCACUACACCUAUAACAAACUAGAGAAAAAAUGAUCCCACGCUAAGGUUCAAAAUAUACCUUUUGAAAUACCCUGGGGUGUCUACUUUAAGAAAUUAUAGGCCUUUGUGGGGUAGUUUUAAUUUAAACCCUGCUAAGAUGCUUGGAAAUUGCACAUAGGCCCAGCGUCAAAAUUCAAAGUUCGGUAAAAACUGACAUGGCUUGGUCUCCUAUAUGGCACUGUAGCUUCACGAAAUAGUGCCAAAGACAUUCAUUGGGGGGUGCCUUUUUACUCAGAAGACUCAGCCGAGCAUAAUUUGGGGGGUUUGAAAUUAGUGGCACAUGUGAAAUAUACAAAAUGCCCAGCAAAAAUGCAAUCCAUAUGUAAAAAACGUACAAAAUUAUUUUAUAUCACAUACUUUAGCAUAUAUUGGUGAACAAAAAAGGGGGCAUGUUAAGGCACAAUAUGCACCUUAUGAGAUACCCUGGAGUGUCUACUUUUACAAAUGGUAGGCCUUUGUGGUUUUUUUUUGAACAGUUAAACUGGUAUAAUACCCCAAAUGGAAGCAUAGGCUUAUUAAAUCCGUCUCUCAAAAUUCUACUGUGAAUACUGAAAAGGACAGGUCUCCUAUAUGUCACUGUAGCUUCACAGAAUAGUGCCAAAGACAUACAAUGGGGGUGUCAUUUUACUCAGAAGACUUAGCUGAGCAUAAUUUGGGGGGUUUGAACUUAGUGGCACAUGUGAAAUAUACAAAAUGCCCAGCAAAAAUGCAAUCCAUGUGUAAAAACCACACAAAAUUAUUUUUUACCACAUACUUUGGCAUAAAUUGGUGAAGAAAUGGGGGCAUGUUAAGGCACAAUAUGCACCUUAUGAGAUACCCUGGAGUGUCUACGUUUACAAAUGGUAGGCCUUUGUGGGCUUUUUUGAACAGUCAAACUGUUAUAAUACCCCAAAUGGAAGCAUAGGCUCAUUAAAUCCGUCUCUCAAAAUUCUACUGUGAAUACUGAAAAGGACAGGUCUCCUAUAUGGCACUGUAACUUCACGAAAUAGUGCCAAAGACAUACAAUGGGGGUGUCAUUUUACUCAGCAGAUGUAACUGAACACAAAAUAAAACUUUGUAAAGGAAUAGCACACACCAACUUUACAAAAUACACAUGAGAAUUUCUUUGUUAUAAGUUUGUGUGCCAAAAACAAAACCCCCCACAAUUUUACUCCACUAUUUAGCAGAGGUUGGCGGUGAAAUGGCUACGUAGAAAGUGUCAAAACAACCCUAGGUAAAUAACCCGUGAUGUCUACUUUAUAUAAAUAUAUACUUUUGUGUGGCAAUUCUGUUUUCUUUUAUGGCUAUUAAGCUUACAAAACAAACAUACCAAAUUCUAAAAUCGCUCCACAUUAAAAGUUUAUUUUACUCCUUGUGCUUUGUGACCUGUAACUACCAAAAAAAACUGAAAAUCCCAGACACAUUAUAUAUUCUGUAAAUCAGAACAACUAAAUGAAUUUAUUUUUAAUUACUUUCCUUAACCUUUACUAAUUAUGCACACAUUAUUAUUGCAAAAACUAAAAAAAAAAAAGCAUUUUUCUGUAUUUUUUUUAUAAUAAAUAAGCAUUUAUAUAUAUGUGUGUUACAUCAAAUUAAAGCCCUUUCUGUCCUUUAAAAAAACAAUAUAUAAUAUGUGUCGGUGCAAUAAAUUAGUAAAAUGCAAAUUGCAGUUGAACGCAAACAGCAAAAAAUGAAAAAAAUGCUGUUGUCAUUAAGUGAAAGACAAGCUUCUGAAGGGGUUACAUGCUUUUAUGUUUUAAUGUUAUUGCUCCAUGACAAACAAUACAAAAUACUCAGGUAGGAUUUUUUAUUUUGCAGAUGUGAUGUACUUCAAUCAGAAUAAGUUUGCCCUCAUCAAGCUGGAAACAUUAAAGUUUGCCGUGUUAUAUAGCUGUGGUCUGCAGGUGUCUGUGAGUAUGGGCACCGGAGCCAAUUUAAGAGCAGUCAUCCGUGUGCCACAGUCGUUUCUUUAUAAGACACUGGGUCUCCUGGGACUGUGGAGCGACAGCACAGUUGAUGACUUUACACAAUCUAAUGGAAAUGUUUUGACAUUCGGCGAUGGCAAAGGCCCAGUGGAGGAACUCGUUUACUCUUUUGGCCUGUCUUGUAAGUUUAUGAAAUGGCGGUCGGUGUUCCAAAAUGCCAGUCAAUUGUGCAGCUAUUAGGACGAAGCUGUGUAUUGUGACUACAGAAUUUUAAUGCACCACUGUCAGCUAAAGUAAUAUGAAAUCAGUGCACAGUCAGGAUGAAAAGAUAUAAUUAUGUCAGUUUUACUUGGAAUCUGUAGACACGCGUACAAUGUUUCGUAAAUUAUAUGUUGGUUAAGCCAACUUGCAAAUUGGACAUUCGGAACUCCCAAUAAGCAAAACUGCCAAGUGUAGUAUCUAUGAAAAUAGAGUUUUCUAAAGAGACGUGUUAGCUGCGUAUUGCUGUAACAUCUUUUAAAAGGAUCCUGCUGUUAAAAAGAUGUGUUUAAUUGGCCGCUUAUAGCUAUAUUUCCUGUCUCUUUUUAAUUCGGGAGAACAAUAUUAUAUUUCUGAAAAAUUAUCAUGACCUCAUCAGUGGUGUAUCCUGGUUUUGUGCUGCCCUAGGCAGGACAAAACUCAGGCACCCCCCCGCGCCACCCCCACCCGCGCAACCGCCACCCAACCUUCCCCCCUGCUCCGCCUUCUAAAUACACACACACACAUUCACUGACAGAUACGCAUUCACUAGCUAACAGAAACACACAGUCACUAACAGACACACACACUCACAGGCAAACACACACACACUCACAGGCAAACACACACACACACUAACAGGCAAACACACACACUAACAGACAUCCACACUAACAGACAUCCACACACUAACACUAACAUACACACUAACAGACACAAACACUAACAGACACACACUAACAGACACACACUAACAGACACACACUAACAGACACACACACACUAACACUCUAACAGACACACACACACUAACAGACACACACACUCUAACAGACACACACACACUAACAGACACACACACACUAACAGACACACACACACUAACACUAACAUACAUACACACACUAACAUACAUACACACACUAACACUAACAUACAUACACACACUAACAUACAUACACACACUAACAUACACACUAACAGACUUCCACACACUCACUAGUGUUUUUAUUUUUUUUAUUUAACCCCCCCCAGCCUCCUUACCUUUGGUAAUGCUGGGGGGGGUUCUUCCUCUCCCUGGGGUCCAGUGGCUGCAGCGCUGGGCGGGCGGGCGGCCGGCGAGGGAGCUCUUCCCCUGAGCGCUCUGCUCAGCUCCCUCGCGCGCCGCCAGCAGAGUGAGGCUGGGAGCCGGGUUGAUGACGUCAUAUUCCGGCUCUCAGCCUCACUCUGCUGGCGGCGCGCGAGGGAGCUGAGCAGAGCGCUCAGGGGAAGAGCUCCCUCGCCGCCCGCCCGCCCGCCCAGCGCUGCAGCCACUGCCGCCCAGCGCCCUGAAUGUCUGUUAGCCGCGAGGCUAACAAGACAUUUGCCUUGGGCAUUUGGGGGGCGGCGUUUUUUGCCGCCCCCUGAAAAAUGCCGCCCAAGGCAAAUGCCUUGUUAGCCUCGCGGCUAAUACGCCCCUGGACCUCAUGCUGAUUAACUGCACCCUGUUCUUUCCAUUUUAAAGUUUAUUAGAUAUUUAAUACUGGAGAUGAGAACAGGUAAGUGUUUAGAUGUAAAAUGCUAAUUUCAGAAUAUAUUUCACAGCAGGUAGGUUCAUAUUAAAAAUAUCUUAAAUAGAAACACUGUUUAAGGAGUGAACAUUUAUUCAUCCUCAUCUGAUGUUUAUGUUAUGUCACAAGCCUACUUUAAUAUACCAACUAUAACAACUAUGAUUCUCAACAACAAACACAUAUCAGCCAGUAGUUACAUUUGUUAAUAAGAUUAGUAUUACACUAACUGUCUCAUGUCCUAAUACUAUCCGAGCCCAAGUAUGGCAGACAAGACUGUAACAUUACACCCUCAGGCUCUAGGGAUUGAAAGAAAAUUUAAAGGGACACUAUUGGCACCAAAACUACUUCACCUGAUUGAAUUAGUUAUGGCACAUGGAGUCCCCUGGUGCUGGCUUAUGGUUCCGUGUUAAACUGUUUAUGAAUGGUUUAACACUGAAUGAGGGUCCCUGGACACACAUGGUCAUAUAAUGAUCAUAUAAGUAAAUAAUCUAGCAGCAGAGUGGACCUAGGCUAUGGACCUGAAAUGGCUUAAUAUUGAACUGGCUGGCUCCAGGAGACUUCAGUGUGUAUUUGUUUUGCUGCUGCUGCCAGGCUGCCAUAGACCAUUAAAAGACUUAAAAUGGACCUAAGCCAACUCUUGACUUGACCCUUGCAUUACCACAUGGGCUGUCAUGUGACAUUAAACAGAUCAUGUUUAAUCUGGCUCUAAUGGCAAAUAAUCAUCAUAAUAUUUGCAUGCAUGUAGUAUUGACUUACACGGUCUCUCUUAUCUUCCUGAUCUCAGUAAAUUAUUAUUGACAACAUUCUUAUGCUUAGUUUAGAUUCUGUUUCGUGCAAAGUUAUAUGGAAAUCCCUUUGGGCGGAAUGUUUGCAUCUGUGCAGAAUGCUUUGCAUUAACGUUCAAUUUGAGUUAGUCACCUGCCAACUGAAUGGAUUAGAUCCAGGUGCUCCAUUGAAAUGCAAGUUGUUUUUUUAAAAUAUAAUUUACAAGAAAAGUGAAUUAGAUCACCAAAUGAAUGCAUACUGUUUCAUAAUACACCUGUAUCUAUGUAUUGUGAUUUUCUUGGUGGUUUACUUCAUUAUCGAUAAGUCUUAGCAUUACUACACUUUACCAUAAAACAAAAGGUAUCGAGUAUUGUAAACUGUAAAUUGUGUUAGUCCAUUAGACCGUUUGGCUUAAAUUUGCCCAUUAUUUUCAGAUUGGGAUUUUAUUCACACUUAUGAAAUGCUGCAAUAAGUGACUGCGUAUUGCAGCUGUACUUAGGAAACUUGGAGCUUCAUAUCUAUAUAUAUAUAGCGCUCUGAUCUCCCUAACCUAAGCAGUUGAAAGAUCAAAAUUAAGAAAAUCCCUUUUCUUAAUUUUGUUAUUUCAGCUCUUAGUUAAUAGUCACUUGGGUAUUUAAUCCUUCAUCAUGCCCCCACCCACCAUACCACGCAUGUCUAUAGACAGCAGUCAGUGGCUGCUCACUGUCCUAAAAAAGGCUAGCAAAUGGGCAGCUAAUAUUGCUAAUGCUGCCCGGUUACUCAUUUUUGCCCCCACAGUGGGGCAAUUAAAUAAAAUUAACAGGGUGGACCUAUUGUGUCUCCCAGCCUCCACUCAUGAGCAGCGGGUGGCUCUGGUACAAUGACAGCGGAUGGGACCUAUUUUCCAGCUCAGUCCACACCUAUUGGUGAUGGAUGAUGGCUCUAUUAUUAUAUUAUGGUGGAAGGUACCUGUUAUCCUCCCCCAGCCAUUACCCUUUGGUGAGUGGUUCAAUAGGCCCCUCUCCCGGUUAUUGUAUUUUACUAGAGUCCUACUCGCCACUCACGGAUUAAAUGGCUUGUAUGGAAUAUCCAAAACACAACUGAUUGCUUGUAUCCACAUGAUAAUUCCUGAAGCCUCUACAGCUGAAUGUUUCUCUUUUAGGGAUUGUUCCAACCCCUGAAAGUCUCUUUUCUCCAAGGCAAAAUGUGGAAGUAUGGAAAACCUUUAAACCUACCUUUACAUCUGUAGUGUUCACAUCAGCAAAGCCGUCACAACUUCAACAAGCAAAUUUAUCCUGUUCUGGAUUCAAGCAAUGCAUUCAUGACCUACUGCUGUCUAAUGAUACUGCUGUAGGCUUGCAGACUGCCAAAGAUUUCAAUGACUUCAAACAGCUGGUCACACUUUUUGGUAAGAGUUUUAGAAAAUACAGGUAUUGUGUUCAGGGAAAACACUUGGGUCUAUUCACUAAAUACUGAAAAUAAUGCAAAUUUUGAGAAAUUUGACGCUCAAUCAAAUUGCACCCAAACAGCAAGUAAAUGUAAAAAAAAAAGACACCACUGGUAAUAUAGGGAUUGGGGAGAAUUAUGGUUGAAGUAUUUUUAAAAAGGGAUGGAGGUAGCAUUAUGGUGACUUAGAGUUAGGGAGGGGCUUAGAUUUAAGAGUGCAAUGUCCUGGUUUGUGCCAGGAAUGUAUUUGGGUGGAGGUUUGGCUGUUUGUGAAUAUUUAAAUUAAGCAAGUCAAGCUAUGAAGAGAUUUGGCUGAAUGAAAGCAUAAAUAAUAAUGAUAAUAAUAAUAAUAAUAAUAACAAAGUAUUUAACCAGAAGAAAAGGCACAUUAAGAUUACUCUGGUUUUCAAGUAUGUCCUGGGGAUGUUACCUUAGCACAACAUCCAGGGGUUGUUACUAUUACCCAAUUUAAUGGUACUCAUUUUAUCUACCUCAGAAAGGGCUGAGUCAUUGAUGCAUUAGCCCACUGAGCUAUCUCAGACUUAACUUCCAUGAGUAGCUAAAUUUGUUAUAUUUGGUAAAAUCAGCUGUAUUGUGACAACCUAACCUUUUCAUAAUUAGGAAAUGGCGCCCCUCGGGUGACCGGGCCAACAGUUCUUCAACUGAGAGUAAACACAACUUUCAAGGUUACCUUUCAUGCAGUCGAUCCAAACAAUGAUGCUGUCUCCUAUUCACUUACUAAGCCCUUCCCUCAAGGAGCCGCCAUUACAUUAAGUAAGUCAUUUUAUUUUGUUAAUAAUAACGUUUGAUGUGCAAGGGACUGUGCUAAAUACUGAAAUACUACCUUUACUUGUCUUUCUGUAACAUGUAGGUAAGAUAGUUUUUAUUUAUUUAAUACUGGUAUUUAUAAAGCUCCAACAGAUUCCGCAGCACUUCUCAGAUUCCGCAGGUUCCUCAAUAAGUAGAAAGAAAUUAGUCAAGGUAUAUUGCACAAUCCUAUUCUAUAAAAAGGGUGUAUUGUAUGACCCUUUUCUAUAAGAAGGAUAUAUCGCAUGAUCCUUUUCUAUAAGAAGGAUAUAUUGCAUGAUCCCUUUCUAUAAGAAGGAUAUAUUGCAUGAUCCCUUUCUAUGAGAAGGUUAUAUUGCAUGAUGUAGAUACUGCAUGAUCCCUUUCUAUAAGAAGGAUAUAUCAAAUGAUCGUUUUCUAGAAGAAGGAUAUAUCACAUGAUCCAUUUGUGCACUGGUGGGAAGUGGGAAACACAAUAAAGGACUUUCUGUCUGAAGAUUUUUUUUGACCUUGAAACACCGGACACACAGUAAGUGUAACAGGGAGGAAUUAUCUAACCAGAAAUACUGAACUAUAAACAAAAAAACACCCAAAUGUAACCCAAUUAUACACUAUAUCAUGUUAGUGCAUUCUGCGUUACUUGAUCAUUGUAGUCAAAUCGACAGCAAACAAACAGUAAAAAGAAUAAAUGAUAAUUGCUAACCAGAUACAGUGUUUUACAGGUUAGUUGAGGGACAGGAAUAAGCGAUCAGUGUGGAGGAUUAUUGACAUGUAACUGAUAAAGAAUGUGAGGUGAAGUCUAGAGUUGUUCUAGGAACCUAUAAAUGUGCAAGACACUGCAAAUGUUGACAUGUAUCCUGUAACCCAGUCAAUAAAGUUGAUGUUAUUUCUACUGUCUGAAUGAACGCUGCUUUUUGGCAUGUUGUGCAGAGCGGGGCGUUUUUAUGCUGUAUUUACUUAAUCGAGAAAGUAAAGGAAUAUUUUCAGGAUAGUUGAAGAGAGCCGUUACACUGUUACACUGUGGUAAGUGUGGUAGACUAUUGACAUUGAUAAAGAUAGCAUGAAUUUCAGGUCUAGAUUGGUUGUUGUCUAGAGUUGUUUUUUAGCUAUUUCUCUGGUGGGUUGUAAUGAUGACAUUAAAAUAUUACCAUUUUUUUUUUAGAUUCUUUACAAAACCCUAAAACUAAAAUUAAUAAUAAUAUAUUGACAGAGUUAUUCAUUAAAUUAAAGCAAAUUUCAGAUUUUAUGCCACAAUAGUAAGUGGGAAACAAUUUGUAAAACAGCUAUGCUUUUAUUUUUAGCUAUUUUGGACAAUCCACACUUUAAAAAGUAAUUCUAUCAGGGUAAUUUGCUAAAGUGAAAAUUCAAAAGGCUAGAGUAUCCGAACAGAAAGCAUAGCCAAUUUUUCACAUUUGGCUAUUUUGAACUUAAAUUUGAAACUCACUUUCAAUUCACUGAGAUUUCACUUUAGAAAAUAAUAACCCUGUAUGAGACGGAACUCUUCCAAUUCAGUUCUGACACCCCAAGCCUGUGUUGCCUGUGGUAUCACUGAGGCCAAAGACCCACAUACAGCCUUUGUUCAUUGUCUUUACCUGUUUUCUGUGCUCCCACAGAUGGCCAGUUAACAUGGACACUACAGAACGCAAACCCCGUUAAAUUAAUGAUACAAUUGAAUGAUCAGUUCUCUGGCUCCGUAUUCAACCCUACGGUACAGGUCUGCAACUGUGCCAACGGAGGGAUCUGCGACUACAGAAUAAUUGCUGAGAAUUAUUUUGAAAGCAAAUAUCAGGUAAGAAAGCUAUGUGCAUACAGUAAUAUGCAAAUUAGGUAUUGACAGUAUACAUAAACAUGUAGGUAGUAAAUAUAUAAGUAGAAAUAGGUGUAUUUCUUUAUAUACAUAUAUAUUAUUAUUUAUAAAGCACCAACAAGUUUUGCAGCACUGUACAACAGGCGGACUAACAGAGAAGUAUUUGGGCGCUCAGGAACAGAGAGUGUUGAAGGCCCUGCUCAAACAAGCUUACAUUCCAGCGAGUAACACACUCAGGUCUUCUUUAAUAAUAAAACUGAACUUGUAUUUGUGGUCUGCAUUUGAGGAUCAGUAUGACAGUUUUAAUUGGAGACUGGAAUGUUGACCACAAUUUAAAGUUGUUUUAUUUAUUAAAGUUCUGAGAGUGUUCUCAAUUUUUUGACGGAAGAACCACUAGGCAGUUUGAUAGGUCCUCCACAUAGUAUAUAGGAUUUAUUGAUAUAGAUAAUAUGUCUCCUUGUCAGGGCUAACCUAGAGUAUUUGGCACCCGGCCCUUAACUUUGAAAUGUAAAAGACACCCAAAAUCUUUCUAAUGUUUCUAAGAGAAUAUUUGUUGCAUUUAUAAAUUGUAUGUUAUAAAGAGUCCCCUCAAGGUCCCAUUAGAGACUACAAUGGAGUCUAAUAGGCCCUGGAGAUAGGUCUCUCUAACACUCUGGUUGGCUGCUGUGGCCGGCUGCUGUCGCAGUCUGGCUGUUGUGGCUGGUUAACAGGCAGACUUAGGCUGCUGUGACUGGCUGGCCGGCUGCGGCUGGCAAACCUCUCUCUUCACCCAGCAGGCGUCUGUUUCUCCCCAAACCCAUUUGUGUGUCUCUUUUUCCUAUUCCCCAGCCCCUCCUGUGUGUAUCAUUUCCCCCCUCAGCCCCUCUAUGUGACUCUUUGUCCAUUGUCAGCCCCUCUAUGUGUCUCUUUGUCCCUUGUCAGCCCCUCUGUUUGUCUCUCUCUGUGUAUUUUUUUCCCCAGCCCUCUGAAUGCCACUUUGUGCCCCCUCCCCUCCUGUGCCCUUCCUUUGCAAUAUUCCCCUUCUGUUCCCUCUAUAGCCACGCUUCCCUCCUAUGCACUUCUUUUUCCCCUUCUUUUGCUCCUCCCCUCCUGUGCCUUCUUUAGCCCCUCUCCUGUGCCCUUCUUUGUCCCCCUUCUGUGCCCUCUUUAGCCCCUUUUCCCUCCUGUGCCCUUCUUUGUCCCCCUACUGUGCCCUUUUUAGUACCACUCCCCUCCUGUGCCUGCUCAGCCUAAUCUGGGUCCACCGCAAAGGAGCCUCUGUUUCGUGUACUCGGUCUGACAGGAAGCAGUUCUGUGCUUUCUCUAUGAGCACUUCCUGUCAGACCAGGCAGAAGAGAGGGGAAGAGAGGCUCUUCUACUGUGGUCUGCCUGCUCGGUCAUACUACCUUUUUUUACUGGCAGAAGGGUAGCGCUGUGCAGUGCGUUCACUUCCUGUCUGUCACCGGUAAAUUGGGUACACCCUGAUGACUGGCAUGCGGGGGACCGGCCCCCGCUUUUUACGCCACUGCUCCUUGUUACAUAAUAACAGUUUCACAGCUGUGGAAAAUGAUGUAUAUUGAUUUAACUGUUAUUAACAAAUAAGUAGUUUGAAGGAUGAGCAGCAUCUUAAAAUAAAUGGCUUUAGCAAGAAAGAAAAAUCUUAGAAAUGUUCUGGAUCAAUAGAAAUGCAUAUAAGUAUCUUCCAUAUUUUUACAUUAAGUUUUUACUCUAUUAUUUAGGCUAAAACAACGUUUUUUUUUCUUUGAAGUUGUAUCUUUGUUGUUUCUCUAAAUUCAUUCAAAGAACCUACAGGUGCAUCAUUCAAAAAUAAAACAUGCAGGAAAUUAUGCAAAAUGAUAAUGAAUAGUCAAUAUAAAAAAAAUGAAUGCAAACUAAAGUAAGAUAUAUUCAAAAUUGGUUUUAAAUAUAUGUAAGAAUGAUAAAGAAGGAAAUUGGGCAUUCUAGCGGAUUUGCUUAAUUUUAUCGUGGAAUUGAAAAAAUGCUGACUUUCAGAAAACCAGCAAUUUGCUUAUUCUAACACACACGUUAAUGCUGGUUACAAAUGUCAAAGAAUCAAUGAUAUAUGAUGAGUGUAAUCGGCAAACUGGAUGGAACGUACAGGUGUUGCUAGUUGGAAUACAAGACAGUCCAGUUUUCUCUAUCGCUUAUUCUAUCAGUGUUUCUGUUAUAGUUUAUUGAUGAUACACCUAUCAUUACCUGUAAUGUUCUGCAGUCAUUUAAAUCCUGCUAAAGUUAUUUCUACAUAAAAUAGAAGAAAGGUCCAGGCACUCCAAGGUACAAACCAGGCAAUUUUAUUGAACUCACUCCGUAGUGAUGGAGUGGGUUCAAUAAAAUUGCCUGGUUUGUACCUUGGACUGCCUGGACUUUUCUUCUAUUUUUGUUACUCAGCAUUUGGUCUCUGGUACUGAGACUGUCCGAGUUGCACCCAGCCACAUACUACUUAAAGGGACAGAGUGCAGUUCCACACCCUACCAUAACUACUAAAGUUAUUUCUGCAUGCAUAAUUUGCAAAAUACAAUUGGGUAGCAUAAAAUCGUAAUGGUAGAAGGUCCAAGCUUGCCAAGGUUGAAAUUUGUGUCAACCUUGAGGGGUCAGCUCCUCCUAAGCCGAGACCCUUGGGAGGUAUCUAUGUAAUCAUUAAAAGUGAGAAUUUGCGGGGGCGGGGCCUGGACAUCAUGGCGGCUGGACGCACAUCGUGUGAGCUCCGAGCUCAAUUCCUCAACUAAGCCUGAACCUAGCCAGCCAGCCAGCCAUAACGCCACGAAAAGAAACUUACCUACCUCUGGAGCCAGCAGAGGAAACCCGGGUCUGUCGCCCGCGAGUACACUGCAAGGCCGACGGAGGUCGGAGGAGUGAGGCCUAGCACGGCCGUCGGAUGGGGGAAGCGGCCGACCCCCCGCUCGGUGUGCAGCUGUGCAACCCCAAGCUCUUCUCUCAGCCCUGUUUCCCCCCCCUUUGGACCGGCGGGUCAUCCCGGUCCGACCAGGCUAGUCUCAAGCACGAACCAGCCCCACUAAACUACAACCUAGCAAAGCGCACAAAAUGGCGACCUGUCGUACCCAGUGGGAACCAGCCAUCACGCAGUCUGAGACGGAACUGCUAACUCCAGCGCAAAUAACGCAGAAGAAACUGGAUGACAUUUUCAACUGUUUCUGGGCUAAGCUGAAAGCCCGUCAAGCCACAGCAGCAUUCCAACACUGGGAGGCUCACGAUGGGGUGGUGAGUUGGCCCCCUCUGAUCCCCCACACAUUAAACAUACACAAGCCGAUUAGUCAGCGAUCACCUAGGCCGAGGGCCAAAACGGGCACAGCCCCACGGCAUCACCCACGCAGACGGAAGAUCGCCUGCAACCGGCAGCGGCAUACCACCACGAUCUCCCGUCUACCCCAUACAGGGGAGGACUGGGACCUUAGGAGCCCACACGUCCGGGGCAAGAGGAUGCUGGCCUACCAACCGGCCUGGGGCAAGAGGGAUGCCCAACUAAACCGCCUGAAUGUUGCAGCCACCCUAGCCCCCGAAGUGCAAGACUUUCGAUUUCCUGCUUCGGGCAUUGGCUAAGCGCUAACAAGCUUCUUACAGCCGCACCAUCAUUGGAGUCCUGAUCACAAGCGGCAACCGUCACGGAUGGGACUCGCAUUCACUAUUGCCAGCCUCACAGUACUUCCUCACGUGAAUACAAUCAAAGGCAUCCGAACGUUUCUGUCCAUGGUUAAUUAUUUUGUGCUACCUCUGUGAGAUGAGUCAUUCACCCUAUGCCUCAUACAGUCUCUACUUGCUGUUAAGGACGCUUUCCUGGAUCCCCUGAGAAAUGCAGUUUUACUCCUAUGCUCAUAUGCUAUGCCCUACAACUUACACGCUAACCUAUUACAAUUAUCUUGUAUUCCUAUCGACUAACAACACUAGUACAAACUUGUGCCAAGCUUUCAACAAAGCUCAUCCUCUACACACAUUUUCUAGGGCUAUGUAUGAUAACAAUGUUCAGCCUGCAUAAUUUUCACAGAGCUAUACAUUUUCUAGGGCUAUGUUUACUAACAGUGUUCAGCACCCCAUAGCCUCAAUAGACUUAGCAUGCUCCUACCUUCCUGUAUUAAUCCAUGAAACUAGGCAAGUUAAUAUGACACACAACUGUUUCUCUAUAUCUAUGUCUUUAAUUUGCUAUCACUACUAAGCUUACGUUAUUAUCUUGUUUAUCUAACUACUUUCAAAAAAAAAAAAGUGCAAUGUCGUUAAUGCCAUGUGACUAAGAAUGUAUGUAAACUCGACUGUACCAGCUAUUGUGGCAGUACAAAUUCGCCUGUUACCCUCAUGCACGAACAAAAAUAAAGAAUUAAAAAAAAAAAAAAAGUGAGAAUUUGCACAUGUGGUGGGAAUGCCCCCUGAUGCAAAGAUUCUGGCAACAAGUUAGGGAUAUUCUAACCCAAGUGUUGAAUAGGGCCCCCCCUCUAGACCCGUGGUUAUACUUACUAAGCAGAACAAUUGACGGGUGGACUAGAAGCGAACAAAAACUUAUUCACAAGGUAACCCUAGCAGCCAGGAGGGCGGUGGCAACAGAUUGGCUCAAACAGACCAUUCCACCUCUCACAGGGAUCGUUAAUAGAAUAAGGGAGGUACAUAUGAUGGAUGACCUGACGGCUAGAGUCAGGGGGACGCAAAAACAAUUCCAGAAAGUAUGGGCACCAUGGGAAGACAGUCCCCUGAGCUAACCCUAUUCAGUAACCCCGAGGCACAUAGGACAGAUAACACAAUCCAAAAGAGCAAAGCGCGUCGGCUCUGGCCCCCCCUCCCCCCCCACCCCCCUCCUCCCCUAUCGUUCCUCUCCUUUACUUCUUCGGUUCUCUGUUAUCUUUACCUAUCUCUUCUCUCAUGGUUUUAUGACCAAUAACUCUUAAGUGAACUAAUAGUAACUCGUUGUCUCAGAUAAACUCCUAGGUAACUGACACAUGGGCCUUAAGGAGACGAUAAAGAGGAAUGGCCGAUUAUCAUCUACUACAAAGUAUAAAACAGAUGGGCUAUCAAACUAUAUAUCAUUUGCUCCUGUCACUAUUUGUAAAGGCUGAUGACUUUGGUCGAUACAUGCACACGUUCUAUACCAAAGUCAACAGGGAUCCUAAAACAAUAGGGCACGGUGCUUAGCGGGAUACACUCUACCCAAAGAGGCGCGAUGUUUGACAUGGGAUAUGUCGUAUAUCAAUGCACAAGCUGCCAAAACGCGCAGUAUCCCACCUUGGUAAGGUAAAAGAGGUCCUACAUGAGAUACUUUAUAGUAAACAUAUCCAUGAAAUCUCCAGGCUAUAUAUCUAGUGUCGAAUAUGUCACCAUACUGGUACAUAACAUGACCCUCUCCUAUAUCUCUUAAAAACCAGUACAGGAAGUUUAACAAAGUACCCUAGCUUUUAUUUUAUAAUUAAAAAAUUUUAAACAAAAAAAUAAAAAAAAAAUAAAAAAAAAAUAAUAAUAAAAAAAAAAUACAGUCUACAGCAACCUGACAUGAUACACGAUGUAUUGCAAGCAUAUCUGAUACCUAGCACGACUCACACUACAUUGGAAGGGGGCGAGUUACUGUACAUGGCAUGUCUGUCCAUUGUCUACUUUUCUCUCUUAAACUGUAAUAAUUGUAAAAAGGAAAAUUGUGCUGCAUUGUACUUGGACAUGUGUUGUAUGUUAUGCCUAUUACCGCUUACAAAGGCUAUCGUGGCUGAGUAAGCAUAUUGUUUAUUUUAUGCACAAUAGAAAAUAAAGAAUUAAAAAAAAAAAAAAAAGUGAGAAUUUGAAGUAAAUUCUUAUUGAACUUCCAAAAUAGCUGAACUGGAAGCAAUAUUUUCUGGAUAUAAUUUUAAAAUAUUUUUAUACAAAAAUGUAAAAUAUCAUCUAUAGAAAAAAAAAUAUCAAUAUAUCAAAAAUUAUUAAAGUAUUUUUGAAAAUAUUUAAUAAUUCUUAAAGUUUAAAAAAAAAAAAGUGAAAUCAUUUGAAAAAUAUUAAAGCGAGACCCAUGUUUUUAUUCCAUAUGACUUUAUUAGAGUCUGUAUCAAAUUCAACAGCCAUGUGUUCUUUACAAUUAAAGACAGUCUGGGUAAUGUAAACAUUGGCCUGAGUUUUGAUUUUUUUUUUUUAUUAAUGUGAUUGAUUAAAAAGCUGACAUUUGAAGACUAAUUGAAUCCGUUUUCCUAUUAGGUUGUGGGCUGCGAAUGUCCAGAUGGCUUCUCUGGAGCAUUUUGUUCAAGUCCUUCAACACCAUGCAGAGGAGAGCCAUGCUUUCCUGGUGUCUUGUGUUCCAAUCAUGUGAAUACAUCUCAAUUUGUGUGUAAUAAGUGUCCAACUGGAACCGUGCCCAGUGCCGCUGAUGGCGAGAAGUGCUUUUUGAAUGGUACGUCUUCACUUAGCAAUCGGUAGCUGUUUAGAUAUUAUCUAUCGGUCUCAGAUUGCUUUAGUCUAAUUUUAGGUUCAAUCAGCAUCAUUUAUAGCGUAUCAUAAAAUAUCAUGAUCUAAAUAUCAGUUAGUGUCUUAGAGCAGCAACACUUAUUCAUAGGAUCUAAUCACUAAAUUUAAAUUUGUAGCACUCAGUUGCGUACAACAGCUUAAUUGAUAAAGGCCAACAAAAUUCUCAAAUUCAGACUUUCACUAAUUGCGUUGCACAUGGCGUACAUUGACAAAUGGUAAUAAUUAACGAUGAUUAAGUAAUGUUUGAAAAGACACUUCACAAAGACUCCAAGAAACAAACAGAGGAGCUGGGUUGUGUGUUCCCAUUUAAUUAUAUCUCCACGUGGUUCUGUUUGUUACCACUGUCUCUUUUCCAGAUGCCUCUGUGCGUCCUCUCAUUCUUUUAUCACAUUGCAUUAUCACGCUCAUAUCUUGUUACAUCUGCUUGUUUAACAUUUUUAUCGUCAUGCAAUACAUAAUCGAAAAUGCAUGUGACAUGUUAUUUGGUUCUAAUCAAACACAGAGCACAGAGACAAGAAACGAUAUUCUUGAUAAAUCUAGGUCAUAAUAAGUACAAUAUUGAAAAAAUCUAAAGCAGUUAUCCGAUUAUGUAACAUGCCAACAAACAAUACAUGCCUUGACCUUCCAGGAUUAAUUAUACUGUUGUGUAGUAAAGUUUAGGCCUUUAUACUAGGUUCAAGGUAAUGUGAGGCUCGAGCGACUAAUCUUUACAAAGCCAGGAUAAUGAAAUGAUGUGCUAUGGAGAUGGAAUAGAAUUUAUGUAUGUUGUUUUUCUUUAUAAUACAGUUACUAAAGUGAUAUUAAAGUCAGAUAAAGAGCUAUUAUGGUCUCUCUCUUUACUUUAUUAUUAUAUCUUUAGUGCUACCCUUGGAAUGGUCAUUACACACAGUAUAAGACAACAAAAUGAAACAUAACAUAAUACAAAACGAUAUAUAAUUAACAUUAGGAUUGUUCAUAUUUCUAUUUUUAUUUAUUUUUGCAUAUUUUUAAAGCAGUGUGUUAAAAAAACAAAUGCCCCAUCCAGCAAGUAUCAAUAAGUAAGAUUAAAGGUUUCAAGGAUGGCAAUAUAUCUUGGAACUUGUGGUUUUAGAACAGUAGCGUUGCAACCUUUUCACAAAUCUACUUUGUGUUAAUGAAACUGACUGUGUGUUAAUUGCAUUCUUUUUUUUCCCAGAAGGUUGAUGCAUGUUUCUAAAUAUCUGUGCGUUGGAUACUUUAUUUUUUGUCUUUAGAUUUUUGUCUCCCACCACACACGUUCCCCUGCCACGAGUAUGCUGACUGCUUUAGUAGCAUUGAUCGUUACAGCUGCCAGUGUAAGGCCGGAUUCACUGGAAAUGGAGUCAACUGCACAGGUAGUACCAUGCGUGGUUUCAAUAUGCCUGAUCCAUUGCGAUAGAACCUUACUUCUAGUGUUGAAACUGCUUUCUGCUUAUUUUAAGUUGCAAACUCAUGUUUGAGCUGCAGCUUUUAGUCAAGGUCCAUAGUGAUGUUACUGAGUACUGGGCAGUAAGGUAAUGCUACUCAUAAGGACAUAGCAGGAUUACCCGUAAGGUGACCCUAGGUGACUUCUCAGGGGUUAGACAUCAGAACCAUGAAUUUGAUUGACCCUAUUCAGAAUGGUGGGUGGUCCUAUAUCGGCAACCUGCAUAGGGCUCUGCGGGAUCUGAAUCCUUCUCUGGAUAUAGCUAUGCUGCCGAGACACUGUCUAGAGUGUUUACAUAUGGUCUGUUUACAUUUUUUGUAUAUUAAGUGAAUUGUAGUAUUUUUUCACAAGUGUCAUUGGGCCAUUUAAAGUCCAGCAUAUAAAUCAUGUUACAAUUUAACAUUUCUCCUUUCAUUUGUGCAGGAUUCAUGCUGGACCACAUAUAACAUACCCCUUGUUUUGAAUGGCCAUUAGAAACUAAUACAAACUUAGCACACCGAAUCACUAAAUAUAUAUAUUUGUGAGGACUUGAUCAAAAGGCUUUUAAACUUUAGUCCUAAGUAGCAGAUUAAGAAACAAAUCUUCAAUUUCGCUGAAUGUGAGCGAUGACUCAACAAGCCGUCAGAGCUUGCUGUAUAGAAAAUAGAUAUCAAUAUAACAGAUAAUGUUUCCCAUGUUUCAAAUUUGUGGCUUUUUAUAUUUAUUUAUUUAUUUAAUGCUAACACGAAAAUUAUGGUAAUUGUAUAAAUCAUAUUAAAUUUUCUAGCUUUGUGGUAACCAUUGGGAGAGUGUCUACGAGAGUUGAAGCAGUUUUUUCACGUUUUUACUUUUUACACUAUUAUUUUCUCUGUUUAACAUUGUAGUUUACCCCAAUGAUAUCCAACAGAUUUAUAUAUUUUUUCAAUGAUUUCUAAUUAAAUUAACUGUACUGAUAAUUUAACAAAAAAACAACGAAAAAAAUCUUUCUUACCAGAUAUUGAUGAAUGCCAAAGUAUGUCAGCAUGUCCAAAUGCAAAAUACAGAUGUAUCAACACCAUGGGAUCAUUUGCGUGUUCCUGCCAGUAUAAGACUGUUGACAAUGCGCAAUGUGGUGAGUACAGAAUCUGCCUUUUGUAGGAUGCGUGCACAGGAGCCAGUGUGUCAGUUAGCAGUUUCGUUUUCUGUGUUCUCACUAAACCACAUAGAUAAGCAGAUUAGCUAGGACAGUCCUAAUGGAAUAAUGGACAACAUAAUAUAAAAAUAUCAAAUAUUUUCACCUUGCAGUGGUUAUGGUGUAAGGAGGUUGAGUUACCGAUGUCUCAUCUUCAGUUGAGAAGCUUGGAGAAGGAUAAAAAAUUCAGUAGUAUCUUGAUCAAGUGAACAUUAUUCAUGUUAUGUUCCAAAAUGCCAUUUUGGAAUUGUCAGAGAAGAUAUUCAUUCAUAUUCUAUAUUCAUUCUAUCAGAGAUGAGUAAUCAAUCUGUCACUUGGAAGAAUCCCAGCAGUGUGACUUAACAUGAGCCUAAAACCAUGAUUAGGGAUUUUCUUUCUACCGAUUUUUAAAAACUGUUCUAAUACAACAAUCUGUCAGCCCUGUCUGUAACUCUUAGCACACAUCCACAUCACUUGCAAGUCUUACCUAAUUUUAUUGCUAACAUAUUAGAUUGAUCUCCAAAGCUUUGCUUUUUAUAUAAUCUUUAUGGCCUUCCAACUUAAAGUAGCUCUGACACCUUCGGGGAUCUUUGCAUAUUUUGGAAAGACUGCCGAUAGUAACAUACAGGGCCAGAUGAUGAGCCUGGUGCUGACAUUUAUGAGGGGCCUAAGUACAGAUUCUUAUUAACCAAAAACACUAAAACAGUCAUACCUCUUAAGCAUUAUGUAUCUUGUGGAGAUGUUGCCAGAGGGAAACUCAAAGGAUGCAGCUAUUAAAAAAACAGAUUCUCUUAAAAUAUGCUAAUCUCUCUCUAAUUCAUGCUUUCAUCUUAUAAGUAAAUCCAUACCCCCUAACAGCAGUGUCCAGUGCAGCAGGAAGUCAAUGGGCGGUGUAAAAGGGUGGGCCACUGACGCAGAUCAUGUAACCAGAACUUUCCAUAGGGCCGAAUAUGCCCAAAAAGGAGGCGUGUCUGCCCAAAGAAUUGGAAGGCUAGCCUGGCAUGAAUGCAUGUCAGGCUGCCUGCCAAUCGUGCAUGCUGGCGAACAGCAUCCUGAGCUUGGCAUAAAUGCGUCUAAUGAUGCGCUCGCUCCAUGCUUUCUAAGGACUGUCCCCUAGCACUCACAUGUCCACUAGUCUACUUACCUUCUUACUAGCAGGUAGAAGCUCUUGGUAUACAGUCUGAAAAACAGAGAAAAUGUGGAUGUAGUGAGUGUAGAAGAAAGGGAACAUGCCACAGUGUUAGAGAGACCAAAGUCAGCAUUACCUUAACUAAUUUCAUUUCAGCUAGUCCACACACGUUUUGUUUCCAUAUAUCCCUCUUGAGUUUCCAUACUUAAGCAAGAGUAUGUGAAGAGUACUUAGGGUUGCCACCUUUCUUGGAAAAAAAACAGGCCUUAUCAAUUUGCAUGACUAAUUAUGUAUGUGUGACAUUACAUGAUAUAAAUCACGAGGAGUGACAGAGAAAAUUCUGUGAAAUCACCAAACAACUACUUAGUUUGAUUCUGCUGUAUAGAUGGAUUUCUCCCAGUGUCUCCCUGUCUCCCAGUGUCCCCUAUUGUCUGUGUCCCCAUGUCUCCCAGUGUCCCCAUGUCUCCUAGUGUCCCCAUGUCACUAGGGGACACUGUAAGACACUGGGACACUGAGACACUGGGGGACACUGAGAAUAUGUAUCACAGUGUCUCAGUGUCUCCAUGUCUCCCAGUGUCCCCAUGUCUCCCGGGAACACUGAGAGACAUGGGGGACACUGGGAGACAUGGGGACACAGACACUGAGACACUGUGAUACAUAUUCUCAUGGGGACAUGGACACUGGAAGACAUGGGGACACUGAGACACUAGGGAUACUGGGAGACUAGGGACACUGAGACACUAGGGACACUGGGAGACAUGGGAAAACAGACACUAGGGACAUUGGGAGACAUGGGGACACUGAGACACCAGGGACACUGGCUGGGAGACAUAGGGACACUGAGACACUUGGGGACAUUGUGUCCCUAGUGUCUGUGUCCCCAUGUCUCCCAGUGUCCCCAUGUGUGUCUGUUUCCCCAUGUCUCAGUGUCCUCAUGUGUGUCUGUGUCCCCAUGUCCCCUAGUGUCUCAGUGUCCCCAUGUGUGUGUGUCCAUGUCUCAGUGUCCCCGUGUGUGUCUGUGUCCCCAGAGGUCUCCAUGCGUCCCCAUGUCUGAUAGUGUCCCCUAGUGUCUCAAUUUCCCCAUGUCUCCCUGCAGCCUCUACCCCAUCCCUCUCUUCUCUGAGCUGUAGGCUGUCUCUGCAGGCUGGGAGCUGCUAUCUGGACUCUCUGUGCUGUGUAGCUGCUCCCCCGCGGAUCAGUGAAUAGAGCGAUGCAGGUAACUUCCUAUCCAUGCCUCUCUCCACACACACAGCGACCCCUACUGGCCGGUAGUGGUAUUGCAGAGUAAUCUCUGAUUAUACUGAGAAAAAUACCGGCAUUUGUAUUGCCGCUAUUACUGCAAUAUCGGCAGCCUCAAAUAAAUACCAGCCAGGUGAACAACACUAAGAGUAGUGUGUAAAAAAAAAAAAGUAAUUUUAAUUUUAAUUUUAUUUUUUUUUGUUUAAAUCAAUGGGCCUAUUCCAUGGACCUGAGCCUGGAGCUGCAGCUCCAUCAGCCCCUAUGUUAAUACGGCCCUUGUAACAUACUAUGCGUUGGCCUGGGGUUGAAUGGGAAGUAAGGUUUUUAUGUACUUGAAACUGUCCCUCAUGGCUGUCCCUCAAACUGUCCCUCAUCCAGAAGCACACAUCGGUGCUGUAAUCAUGCACAUGUGCAAGAGUAGAAAACAAAUGUCUAUGGAAAAUCCCUUUUGUAUUUGUCUUAGUAUAUUUUUUGACUGCUUUGGAAUUUCAGUGUAUUAAGAUUUUAUCUAUGAAAAUACUUACAUUUUUGGGAGGUAUUAAAGACUCUUUAAAAAAAAAAAAAAAAAAGACAACAAAAAGCAUCUCCUUGCAAUAUAUAGUAUAUUUUAGACACCAUUAAUAUAUAAUAUACAAGUGACAUAAAAACAAAACAGAACAAAAAGACAAAGAUAUAUAAUAAUAAACACAUAAAAUAAAGAAUAAGCCCAGCAUUUAAAUAAUCAAUUAUAUAUUAUUAAAUCACUAUUCUGUAAUUUUCCUGCCCUCUUUUAUUUUUAUUUCAUUUCUUGGACUUAAAUGCUCUUAUUAUAUUAUUGCCGCAGAAAAUAGUCUUUUUGGAACCUUCCACUUGGCAUCUAUACUUGACGAGUGCUGAACUUAUCACAUAUGCCACUCGUCACUUAUUUUCUGUUUCGCAAUUCUUUUAACAAGUAUAGAAAUAAGCAAUGCAUUCAGGACUUAGCCAGAGUGCUGCGUUGAGCUCAUUAAAUAUUGUCAGACUAUUUCAACAUGCCAAGCAGACAUCUUCAGCACCAGGAACUAACUGACAGCAAGUUCUCAUUGCACAAUUUAAUUUAUUCCACACGCUGGUCUGUAAAUGUCCUAUAGCAAAAUGUAUGUUACAAACUCAAUACAUUUUUCACAUUUCGGAAUCUAAGAAUACUAUAAGGGUGUGUUAUAUAAAGCAUAGUAAUGGCACUUUUUAUAUAUGAUCUCUCUCUUGACGAUGCCAGAGACAACAAAUGUUCUAAGAACCAGGUUCCUUUUCUGGAUAAUGUGGAUUCUUUUGAAUACCUGUCAUUCAAAAAAAUCCAUACUAUCAGUUAUAUAUAAAAACUAGUACCAAAUUUAUAGAUUCAGUUUUCUUUAUAUGCAUUUUUACCAUUUAUUUUCUAUACCAUGGUCGACACAUUGGAUGGCCAUCUUGAAGUAGUCAGUAGAAGAAAAAUCAGAUUUUAUACAACACCGUCUUUGCAUAAUAUUUGUAUGGCAAAUUGCUUUGGGAUCAGUCAUUUGGUGUUAACAGGAAAUAUAAAAUGCACACAAAUGCCUGUGUCCUAUAUUCUGAACAUGUAUAUACACACACUAGACACACACUAUAUCCAUGGGCGUCCGCAGGAAUUUUUCCAGGUGGGGACAUAAUAGUAAUGACAUCCAUGCUUGGCACCUUUUUGACAGUGUCAAGAAGGGGAGGACAAUAGUCAUUAUCACAUAAAGCCAGGGUGAAUAGCGUUUUCCCAACUAUGGUGUCAGGAAUACAUAUUUGUUUUCCUGACACUAUAGUGUUCCUUUACUCAAAUUAAAUGAACAUUCUGGUCAUCAUAACAACUUCAUCUAAAUGAAAAUGCUAUGAUGCAAGGAGGCCCCUGGGUGCUCUCUUUCCUUUAAGGGGUGAAACUGAACUCAAAUUGUUUAACCCCAAAGGCAUCCUCCAGCUCCAUAUCUCUAUGUUGCUCAGUGGUAUUUGGCUUCUGAAACGGAGUGUCAGGAAGUGAAGAUUGAUGUCAGGCAUGGGUGCCGCUGAUAGGCUAGAGUGGUCAACUGAUGCCCUAAGUCAAUCGCUAGUUCCUGAUUCAUAAAAAUGUUUACAUUUUUAUUAAUGGGGAGCUACUGAUUGGCUUAGAGAGUCAGCUGAACGGUGUAGCCAAUCAGCGGCACCCCUACCGAGCAGCAGUCUGUGCUUUCUGACACUCAGUAAAUAAAAGUGAACACAUUAACACUGAUAUGUUUUUUACCUGGGGAGAUGAGAAGGUCCAAAGAUUCCUGCCAGAGCAAGGUACCACUGCCUUAUGAUGUGGUGUCCAGAAUGAAGUGGAGGGAUCACUUCACUUGUCCUUCCUGCACCAAUCUCAUUUACUUCUCCUUCAUUUGACACAGUCUUCUUUUUCUUCUUUUUCUUUUGACACAGUCUUCUCUCCUCAUUGGUACCUUUCUGCCUAUUUUGCGCCCUUCUGCUCCUUUCUCUUUCUGUUCCCUUUCUGCUCCUUGCAGAACCUUCCUUCUCCUUGCAACCCCUUCCUGCUUCUUGCAGCCACUUCCUGUUCCUUGCUGCCCCUUUUCCUACUUUACCUUUGUGUGCCUUCUGCCCCUUCCAGAUAAUUGUUGACCAUUUCUGCUCCUUGAUUUCCCUUCCUGCUCAUUUCUGCUCAUUGCAGACCCUUCCUCCUUCUUGCUGCCCCUUCUUGCUUCUUUCUGCCAGUUCCAGCUUCUUGCAGCUCCUUCCAGCUCCCUGCUGACCCUUUCUGUUCCACGUAGACCCUUUCUGUUCCUUGUAGUCCCUUUCUGUUCCUUCUCCUACUUUACCUUUGUGCUCCUUCUGAUUCUUUCUGCCCCUUCCAGCUCCUUGCUGCCCCUUCUUUCUCCUUGCUGCCCCUUCCUGCUCCUUGCUGACCCAUCCUGCCCCUUGCAGAUCCCUCCUGCCCCUUGCAGACCCCUCCUGCUUCUUGCUGACCCUCCUGCUCCUUCUACUUCACCCUCCUGCUCCUUGCAAACAUUUCCUACCUCUUCCUGCUUCUUGCUUCCGCUUCCUGCUCCUUCCUAUUCCUUGCUGACCCCUCCUGCCUCUUGCAGAACCUUUCUGCUCAUUUCUGUUCCUUCUACUUUACCUUCCUGUAGGCUGUCUCCCCCUCAUCCCUCACUUACCUGAUCUGUAGGCUGCCCCCCAUCCCUCACUUACCUGAUCUGUAGGCUGCCUCCCAUCCCUAACUUACAUUCCUCACUUACCUGAUCUGUAGGCUGCCCCCCAACCUCUCACUUACCUGAUCUGUAGGCUGCCCCCCCUAUGUCUCACUUACCUGAUCUGUAGGCUUCCCACUCCCCCAUGUCUCACUUAUCUGAUCUGUAGGCUGCCCCCCCAUCCCUCACUUAACUGAUCUGUAGGCUGCCCCCCAUCUCUCACUUACCUGAUCUGUAGACUGUCCCCGAUCCCUCACUUAUCUGAUCUGUAGGCUGCUUCCCCAUCCCUCACUUAAAGGACCACUCUAGGCACCCAGACCAUUUCAGCUUAAUGAAGUGGUCUGGGUGCCAGGUCCAGCUAGGCUUAACCCAUUCUUUUAUAAACAUAGCAGUUUCAAAGAAACUGCUAUGUUUAUGAAUGGGUUAAUCCUUCCCCCAAAUCCUCUAGUGGCUGUCUCAUUGACAGCCGCUAGACGCGCUUGCGUGAUUCUCACUGUGAAAAUCACAGUGAGAGCACGCAAGUGUCCAUAGGAAAGCAUUGAUAAUGCUUUCCUAUGCGACCGGCUGAAUGCGCGCGCAGCUUCUGCCGCGUGUGCGCAUUCAGCCGACAGGGAGGAACGGAGGAGGAUCGGAGGAGGAGUGGGACCCUGAGAGUGGGGGCACCCUCAGGGCACUAUAGUGCCAGGAAAAUGAGUAUGUUUUCCUGGCACUAUAGUGGUCCUUUAACUGAUCUGUAGCUGCCCCCCCUUCCUCACUUACCUGAUCUGUAGACUGCCCCCCAAUACCUCACUUACCUGAUCUGUAGGCUGCCCCCCGAUACCUAACUUACCUGUUCUGUAGGCUGCCCCCGAUGUCUCACUUAUCUGAUCUGUAGGCUGCCCCCCAUCCCUCACUUACCUAAUCUGUAGGCUGCCCCCCAUCCCUCACUUACCUAAUCUGUAGGCUGCCUCCCUAUUCCUCACUUAACUGAUCUGUAGGCUGCCCCCCAUCCCUCACUUACCUGAUCUGUAGGCUGCGCCCCCGUGUCUCACUUACCUGAUCUGUAGGCUGCCUCCCCAUUCUUCACUUAUCUGAUCUGUAGGCUGCCCCCCCAUCCCUCACUUACCUGAUCUGCAGGCUGCCCCCCAAUCCCUAACUUACCUCAUCUGUAGGCUGCCCCCCAUGUCUCACUUAUCUGAUCUGUAUUCUGCCCCCCCAUGUCUGACUUACCUGAUCUGUAGGCUGCCUCCCAUUCCUCACUUAACUGAUCUGUAGGCUGCCCCCAUCCCUCACUUACCUGAUCUGUAGGCUUUUCCCCCAUGUCUCACUUACCUGAUCUGUAGGCUGCCUCCCCAUUCCUCAUUUAACUGAUGUGUAGGCUGCCCCCAUCCCUCACUUACCUGAUAUGUAGGCUGCCCCCCAUGUCUCACUUACCUGGUCUGUAGGCUGCCUCCCCAUUCCUCACUUAUCUGGUCUGUAGCCCCCCCCAUUCCUCACUUAUCUGAUCUGUAGGCUAACCCCCCCAUCCCUCACUUACCUGAUCUGUAAGCUGUCUCUGCUGGCUGUACUCUGUGCUGCAGUCAGGAGAAAAAAGCAGGGAUAAGCUGUAGUUCCUUUCCCUGCCUUUCCCUACUAGCCGGCGCCGGUAUUGCAGUGUAUUCUCACACUGAAUCGAAAAAUAGCAGCACAGGCUGGAAAAACUAGGGGGGGAGGGCAAGUGUUCCCCCUUGCCCCCCUUGCGGACGCCCAUGACUAUAUCCCCUAUACACAUAUGCUGCAUCCCAUACUCACACUGGAUUCCUUAAUGACACACACACACAACUUCCCCCAAACACACAUACACUACAUUCUCUAAAUACACAUAUUACAUCACCUACACAAAUUCACUACAUUCCAUAAACACACACAACAUUCUCUGCAAACACACACUGUAUUGCCUACACACACUCACUAUAUCCCCUAUACUCUCACAUGCUACAUUUUCUAUACCCGCAAACUAAAUUCUCUAUACACAUUAGCUUACGUUUAGCAUAAAUACGGUGUUGGUUGUUAUAUUUUUUUUCCUUCUAAAUUUCUAGUUAAAAUAUAUGGGUGCAUCUUAUAUUUCGGUGCAUCUUAUAUUAAGAAAAAUAUGUGGUAUAUACAGUUUAUUUAUCUUGCAAAUUGUCUCUUUGUUUUUUAUAGGUCAAUCAGCAAAUCCACCAGGUAUGUUUGAAGUUAAUGUAUAUUCAAACUGGAAAGGUAUGCAGGGGAGGAAAGACAAGAAGCAUUUAUAAAUAUGGCCUUUAAAUGGCUCUGUACUCUACUUUCACAGCUAGACACAUUACAUCCCUGGUAUACAGCUUCCCAUUGGAAUAAAGUGGUGAUGACCAACCUCUCUAUCUGCAUUCGAGGGGGCGGUCAGCACUGUACACAUAUAGAAUUAUCCAGUACAUGGAUACUUUCUAAAAUCAUUACGGUAAACGCAAGUUACAGCUUGGGUUACACAGAGAGUUAACUACUUAUGCGUUAUGUAUGUACUCGACUUAACUGCUCCUUGUCAGACAUAUCUCCAUCUACUAGGUAUGGGUGAACGUGCAAUUAUAGAUGGGUAAAACAAACGAACUGCAGUAUGCAAUAUAUAAACCAGAAGCAACAAAUAUAUAUUGGUAUGGGAGAUCCCUCUUGGAACUAACCUGUGUUAUCAUAUGUUAUUGUGCACUCUAGCCGCUAAGCCUUGCGUGGCAUUUGAACAAUAGGUAGUAUUAUAUCAGCUAGUGCCUAAAUGACAAUACACCUACUGUGUGGUAAGGAAUUUAUUGCCUAGUGCUAUGCUUUGCUCUAUGGGCCUGCCUGCCGUGGUGGAGAUAGGCAGGCCCAUAUGUUUUAGGAAGGAUGCCUGGUCCCUGUUGGGCUACUAGUGAGCCGUCCACACCCCAUCUAUACUUAAUAUAAGCAUCCCGCAGCUGCCUUGCUGUUGGUGCUAGCUGUCUCUGCAAGUACUGUGAAGGAUAGGCCCCAUAAAUGACUCUAGCGCAAUUUUCAAAGUGUAUAUUUCCAAGCUCUCUGGAGCGAGACAUGAUCGUGGACCGGACUGCGAUUUCUUCGAUCACCGCAAUUAUUUCUCUCGGGGCAUCUGUGAGAGCAGAUGCAGCUUUGCAGAUCCAGAACGCUGUGGUCAGCAGAUUCUGGUCAGCUCCUCUCCGGAUGCCCAUGUGGGCCAGUAAUCGUUGGAUGAAGGGGAGUAAGGAAUCUCUUCCGAUCUUUUCCGGCACCCCUCAGAGGCGGAUGUUCUUACGUCGGUGACGGGAUUCCAACACCGUCUUGGUGAGUCUCUGUACCUGCUGAGCGAGGUCUUGGACUUGGUCUUGGGUAGACUGCAGCCCUUGAUCCCUGGUGUCCUCUCUGGAUUCCACGGCGGAAAGCCUUUGACGCAGGGUCCCCAACUCUGCUUGUGUUUCUCUGAGAUCGGCUUUCCAGACUUGCCUAAUUUCCAGCAAGAGAUUCUUGAUAUCUCUUUUGGUUGCCGGCGCUGAGUCCUCCCCAGAGUCAAACUCACUGUCGAGGUCACUUGCCUGAGGCGAAGAAGGGCCUUACUCCCCAUCUCGGAAUGCUUCUGUGGGCUCCUCUUCACUUAGUUCUACCGUCGCCAUCUUAGGUCGAGCCCGCAGGGUAGGCCUUUCAAAUGAAAGCCAUACGUCUGGCAUUUUUUAGGUUUCGGGGAUGCAAAUCUUUUUGUUUUUGCGCCCCAUGGUGUCAGCUGGGUGGAAGGCAAUGGUGAUUGUGGUUUUUCGAGCUUUUCUGGAAGGAAUAGUGGCUGUUUUUGUAAGUUUGGGUCUGAGCUCUACAGUGGCACGUCUGGCUUGUUGCUCAGUCAUCCACGCCCCCCCCCCCCAUAAGUUUUUUUUUCAAAAUAAUAAGACAGGACACAACAAGGAAGUCUAUUCAUACUAACUGAAGGCUUGACUUUACCUGGAUGAAGUUAAAAAUAGCUGCAUUGAGCUACAUUAUUUAAUGCCAUUAUGACACACAUGAUCAAUUCACCUUAAAAAGAUAAAUGUAAAAAUAGUAAGGAGGAUAUAAUACUUAAAAAAGGCAAUCACUAUAACUGAACUAUAGCGUAUUUAAUAUUAUAUAGCUAAUAUAUAUAAUAGCCAUUUAUUAACACACUCUUUUUUAUUAUUAACUGCAUUGAAUACUUGAAUUAAUGUAGAUAUGUUUAUCUAAGGAUCUUUCUCCUCAUUUCUUCCUCGCUGGGUUGACAUGACCAGUAGAAUUCAUUUUCUUCUAGAGCUUAUAUUUUUAUUCAAAAGUGGGUCAUGCGACUUUAUGUCUUCAAUUUUUAGGCUGGAAUAUAUUUAAUUGCACAUUUAUGUGGCUCUCCAAAAAUACCACUGAUGUUAUCACAAAUCAUGACAGCGCAUCGUUCGCAAAGUACGAAAAACUCGUAAGUAUCAUUUAAUUGCAGACUUGGAAAAAAUUAAUGAUAGUGUGGAUCUACUUGCUAUAUUAAAUGUGCUGGUGUCUAUCUGGUCCUAAAACAAAACAGAGAUUGCAGUAAAUAUAUUCAAUCUCCAAAAAGACAGCAUUAUUAGUUAUGUCUAUUGCUUAAGGCACUACAACCUUUUCUUAGUUAAUGGUAAAGUCCCUAUGUAUUUCUCAUGUGAACUCUUAGAAAUCAAAAGUUUUUUUCAAAAAACAAAACCAAACAUUGUGAAAGAGACAUCCAUUAGAUAGAAUGCCUGUGCUGAAUCAGUGGGGUUUAUUUGUGUUGACACUUGAGACAUUUUUAUUUUAUUUAUCACUACCUAUAACUGAUGGAAAAAGAUGGAACUUUGGUGCAGGACAUCACACCUUAGUGAGCGUACCCCUGAACUCUAAAAUCUGGACACGAGUAAAAAGUUAACUUUUAGGGACAACAGAAAGUAGGUCUAGUGCUGUGUGUUAUUAAAAGUAACAACAUAUAUAAAAUUAAGCUGAGGCCAAAGUUGGGUCGAAUUCAGCAUAUAAACUAUUUAGGAUGAAUCAAGACUUGUGGCCAUUAUGUAUGUGCAGGAGACAAGUAACAGACAUAUAGGACAGCACUGGGAGGUUUGUUCAAAUGGUCUUUAUACAAAGCGGUCAAGAACGUGUGAGCGGACCACACUAGCAGACAAUAAAAUAAUAAAAUGUCAAAACCAUGGCCCAUAGACUAGGUGUGUGAAUGAGACAUUGUUACAAGAUCUCACAACAAGAUCAGUUAAUAAAAUUCUAUACUAUAAUACUGUCAGUGUUUUAUAAAUGAGAACACAGGUCAGGGUUUGCAUGGAAGUACUUUACCAGGGAUGGACAACAGCUAAGAAUACAUAAUAGCUGCCCAAAAAUAUAGCUCAUCUAGUAUCUCCACUGAAACAAAAAUGCUAAUGUACGAGUAUAUACUUAGAUAGCUUUAGGUAAUUAAAGAAAGCAGGCUACACAAACUCCAAUAAUGUCAAAACGCUAAAUGACAUGUACUGUGUUAUUCUUUCUUCUUUAAUACAGCUGAAAAGUAUUUUAUCCCUGGGAUUUGAAAAUAAGUUUUACAAACUUCAAACUAAAGACUCUUUAAAUUCUGGCUCGUUAGUUGAAUACAGGAUAAAUGUUUCCAGCGACACUCCACAUUGGUUUGUAAAAGACUAUUUAGCCAGAGUCCAAGAUUACUAUCGGUUCAACAUAACGUCACUGGAAGGUAAAAUAUAGAAAUAACUGUAUUCUGUGUCAAAUUGAAAUCGACUGUGUAAUUGUGCCAUUCAAAGAAGCUAUUCAAAAACAACACAAAAAGAGCUUUGCAUCAACAACACAGUCUAAACCCAGGCACAUCUAGUUCAAAGUUAAUGCAGUCUGGAAACAUGCCAUUACAAAUCCACAAACUCUCUUUCCUUGGAUCCUGUAUACAGCACUUUACUGAAUGCAACAUGUCAGAUUAGGCACAGAGUAAAAGGGAGGAGUGUAUGGGGACUAGUGAUACAUCUCUUCUGAACGAAACCUGUGUCGUAGUAGUGGGGAAGGUAAAGAUUGUCUUCUUUUCCUGUUUUUGCAUUUUGCUAUUCCAGGAAGGAUACAUCAUUGUUGUUACCUGAAUUUUUUAAGUCUUUAAGGUGUUUUCUUAAAUUCUCACUACUGCCCUGCUGAUACAAACUUAACUGUGGUCACUAACAUAGGGGGAGGAAUAUAGGUGUCAGGGAAACAUCUGUUGCCUUGUACUUUUACUAGCUAACCAAUGUGCAAAUCAAUCCUGGAUAAAUAUUCAAGAUUGUCUAUAGUUUGCAUGUUAUUAAACUACAACUUCUGUGUUGUAACUUAAAAGCAGCUCUGUCACCUUCUAAGGUCCUUGCAUAUUUUGCAAAGACCCCUAAAGGUGACAUCACUGGUUGAAGUGCACGUGGCACGGGUGUGAUUUUAUAGUAUGCAUGUUUUACCCUUGUGCUGUGAAACAAUAAAAUUCUUGCUUAUUGACUACAAUCUCCCAUUUAAAUCAUUCCUUUAUUAAAAGUCUAAAUUGAGUGGUCCAUCUUAGACCAUUCAAUGUUGUUAUGGUGAAUGGCGAAUAUGAUGCACCGCUGGUUAGAGAAAGGUACAUUCUCGACAUAGAAUUAUGGGAAAUAUAGAACUCAAAAGCUUGAAGAACAUGAAUGGACAUGGUUUGGAAAGUCUCUGAAGGUCAACCAACUGGUAUAAUACAAGGGAUCUCCAUUGUCCUUUAAUAUAUUAAAAAUACCACUAAUAUAAUUUUAAUUUGGCUGCAUAAAAUGUCUAAAUGUUAAAUUGAAAUCAUAUAAAUAAUAUAAAAGAGACUAUCCAUAUUAUUAAAAUGUUUUUACUGUUCAUUAGGCAUCUACAGCAGAGCUACAGCCUCCGUUCAGCGACGUCCUGUUUACCCCAAAACAAAUUGUAGCAGCAUUCAUUAUCUAUAAAAAUUUAAUUUCGAAGUAGCUUAUACAAGAAAUGUAAAUCGCUUUGUACAUGUUUUCCAUGAUUGAACAAUGACAUAUCACUGUGGUUCUGUUACUGUCAAGGAGUAUGACAAUUUUAUCAUUUAUAUUAAAAACUAGAUUUAAUUUCAUUUCAAAUUGUGAAAUUAUAUAUUUAAUUAGUAUGGUUUGAGAUGUGAAUACUAAUAUUACUAUAGUGUGGAAUUUACCUUGAUCACGUCUACUAAACACUGUGCAAUGUGUAACAAGGGAUUCAAGAAGGACCUAGAAUGUCAAUGCAAUAAAUGCUCCGCAAAAUACAAAGCCACGUAUGCUAUAAAAAUGUCAUCAAAGGUCAGGGUUUGCAUGGGAGUACUUUACCACUGAUGGACAACAGCUAAGAAUCGGUAGCAUACCGCUUAACUGUCCCUAAUUAGCAGGGACACUUACUAUUUUGGGCUCAAAUCCCUCUGUGUAAAUAUGAUACAUUAUUAUUGUUCUAAUUACAUCCUGGCCACAACCCUUAAAUGAAAGUGUCCCUCUUUGUCCAUUUGACAUAUUGGAAGGUAUGAUCUACGGAUUAUAAAGCAUCGUUGGAAUAGUGGUCGACACCUGCUGGUGAUCUUCCUUCUUUCCACAUUUUGAUUGGCGAGCCACAUGUGCUAUUUCUUGAAAGGAACUUUGCCUGUGUGGUGUAAGGAUGAUGCCAGUUUAACUUUUUUUUUCUAUUGAAAAAUAAAACGUUAUAUUUUUUUCUUUAAGAGCGGUGAUUUCUGGGAAUUUUUAUGAAGUGUGUUUGCACAUUUAUAACUGACAUUACAUUGUAUCAGAAUUUAUAAAUGAAAAUGUGAGUGGAUAACAUUUCUGUAUAUUCUAUGGAGCUGAAAUUCGGUUGACACUUUCAUUUGCUUUUCCUUGCUUCUCCACAUUACAAAUGACUGUUCAAAAAAAUUAACGUUAUUUUUAAAACAGUCUGUACACAGUAUUUAUUUAAUGGAAAAAUAUGUAUUUAGCCAAGACAUAGAAAUACUUACAUAAUUAUUUACAUAUUCUCUCAUCUACAUGUCUCUCGCUUCAGGAGAUAACUGGUAUCGCGCAUGCUAUUGUACACAUCAUACGUGUUAUUUCCUCUUCAACAGUAAUCAUACUAACCAGGAUGCAAAGAUAAUUUUUAUUUGAGGUUUUGCUAAAAAAAAAAAAAAGGGAACUGGCAUGUGCCAUCUAAAAUAUGUUUGUUUCCUGGAUUUUAUCUGUUUAAUUCUAUUAUUUAAUUUACAUGUCAUUCUUCUAUUCACUUGUUUUCUAGAUGUCGAUGAAUGUGUUUAUAAUGAACAUAACUGUAGCAGCACGGCAAUUUGUGAAAACACGUAUGGCUGGUACAAAUGUAUAUGUAAAUCAGAUAUGACACUUGAAGCUACCAACUGCAUCCCUGGUAAGUGCAUGUGUGGUGUUAACCUUUUGGUUUAGUGUCCUUCUUCUGACUCCAUUGAACCCAUUAUAUUUUACGAUGUCCAAUUAACCCAAUUAUUAAAAAAUAACUGAGGGUUGCCCUAUUUGGUCACUGAUUCGCAGUGUGUUUUACAGAACUACUUUACAAUAUCUCACUGUUUCAAUGCAACCAAUACUUUCCUAGUGUCUUCUCAUUUAUGGUAUUUUGGCUGUAGACAUGAACACCUCAUCUUGGAGAUAAACAUGGGAGCGGAGUGGUCAGUCUUGCCCUCCAUGCAUUAUUCUAUCUGUUCUUACAUCUUCUACUUCCUUCUUAAUAUGCAGGAUUGCUCACACAUACAUUGCUUUGUUGUUGGUUUCUUUUCUUUGACAUCUGUAUCGAACACAUUUGUUCUUGUAUUAUAUGUUUUUUUGACAUUCUUUGAGAUUCACCUACUUCUAUCAAACUGUUACCCUAGCCCAUCCUUAAAGGGACACAGGGACAUAGUAACCAGAACAACUACAGCUUAUUGUAUUUGUUCUGGUAAGUAUAAUCAUUCCCUUCAGGUAAUGUGCAGUAAAGAUUAUUUUUUUCAGAGAAAAGGCAGUUUUUACAUUACAAUCUAGGGACACCUCCACUGGCCACGCCUCAGAUGGUUACUAGAUAUGCUUCCUGGGGCUGUGCUGCACAGUGUGCAGCACUGCCAUUCAGUGUCUCCACUCUCUGCAUGGAGACACUGAACUUUCUUCAUAGAGAUUUAUUGAUACAAUUCAUGUCUUUGAGGAGAUGCUGAUUGGCCCGGGCUGUGUUUGGCUUGUGUUGGCUAUGCCCCUGAUCUGCCUCCUUGACAAGCUCAGCCAAUCCAAUGCUUUCCUAUGUGAAAGCAUUGUGAUUGGUUGAGAGAAUCACGUUUAAUGAUGCCAUCCAUGCAGGCAGAUCAGGGGUAGAGCCAGCAGAAGCAGACUGCCAUAUAGAUAAGAUUUUGCUAUAUUUAGGGUAUCAAGGGGAGACGGGGGGAAGGGGUAGAUUGUGUUUUUAACACUAUAGGGUCAGAAAUACACGUUUGUGUUCCUGCUCAUAUAGUGUUCCUUUAAAGAAAUAUGAUUUUGUUUUUAUGUUCUAAUCUGUCUCCAGUCAUUAUAUUAUAUAUAUAUGCUAUCUUAUCGUAGUUUUUAAUUGAUCUAUUAAUCGACUUUAUUAUCCACAAGUCUGAAUUGGUCUCAACUCUCUAUGACAGGCUAACUCCCGCAGCCUUCCAUUUUAAUCCCCAGCCAUGCCAUCCUCACAAAAUGCGUUAUCUGUAGAGUUAAGCGGACACCUGGAUUCGCCGGGUUCGGCCUAACACCGGCAAAAAGUUCGAGUUCGGCCUCGAACUUGACCCGAACUUGACCCUGAACCCCAUUGAAGUCAAUGGGGACCCGAACUUUUGGGCACUAAAAUGGCUCUAAAAAAGUCAUGGAAAGAGAUAGAGGGCUGCAAAAGGAAGUAAAAUGGGGAUAAGAGUAGGACAAGUGCCCUGCAAACAAUUGGGAUAUAAUAAAAGAAAACAAAGAAUAAGUGACUUGAGUAUAACAAUGGCUGGGUGAGGCCGGUAUAAAUGUCUUUUCUGCACAAGCAGGGCCGCCACCAGAAAUUUUAGGGCCCAUAACUCAGCUCAGGGUCUGGGGCCCGCCUCCAAAUACCGCCCACAGAUACAUACUAACAGACACACAUACUGAAACAGAUAUACACGCAUACAGGCAUACAUACUGACACACACAUACUGAGACAUACACACAUAUACAUACAACAAAGUGAUAGACUUAUAGUAUAACCCACAAUAAUAAAAAGUCCUCUAAAAACACCUUAGUGAGAGUCCCUUUUACCUCACAAAUAGAUACAAAUACAUACAAUUAAAGGUGGAGUAUCUUCUUAUUAUAAUGAAUAUUCCGUAUAUCUAAAAAGCAGAACAAAAUAAUAACAAUAAUAGUGCAAUAUUGUCUGUUAUAUGAGAGAUAAAUACAAAAAUGGGAGAAAUAUCACUCACAAGUGCAGAGCCUCAAAUACAGGCUCAGUUCUCCAGUAUUGUGGGAAAUAAGGUUCCCACUGCCUUCUUUAUGUAGUUGAUGAUCAAGUAUUCCUCUUGAAAGCAAGUGAUUAUUUCCAAAGUGCUUUAUUUUAAAGUGCACAGCUAUAUGACAAAAAAUGUAAAUCAAAAAUCAAAAAUAAAAUAGUAAAAUUUUCAAAACCUUACAGAUAGAAGGUAGGAUGAAUAAAGUCUCUGAUUCAAAAGAGUCUGUGGUGCAAUACGCGUUUCGCCUCCUGUAGAGGCUUCCUCAGUUGCUGUAGAAUAUGAGACAAAUGUCCUUUAUAUACAAUAAGUAAUCAGGCAUCAUUCAAAAUUGCUGGUGCUGGGUGUCAGUCUUCCACUUCCGGUUUCCGGUUUCCGGGUCUUUGCGUUCCAUUAAUGGAACGCAAAUGUCAAUGCUCUCAAUAAUUGUUUCCUCUUCUUAGCGUCAAGACCUUUGUUUCCGGUUUCUGGUGAUACUUCCGGUUUGCGUUCCAACAGUGGAACGCAAACGUCAUCAUUCCGCACGUGCGCCGGCGGAACUUCCGCCCUGCGUUCCACUGCUGGAACGCAUAGUAUACGAUCACAUCAUUCUCAUAGCAGGGUACAAAAUUCCCCACUUAACCCCCAACGAACAUCUAAUAGAAUGCAUUACAAUAAAACAUACUAUGGUAAAACAUGGCAUACUACAAUACACAUGGUAUUAACAUUUAGUAGAUCUUCCUACUUCAUAUUAAAUAAAAAUAUAGGAAUACUGACAGAUAAAGAAGCUGAUUAUCUAUGGAUCGAUAAUCCGAAAAUACCAGUAUUCUACCUCCUCCCUAAAAUACAUAAGAAUGUAGAAAAUCCACCUGUAAGACCAAUUAUUUCGGGUAUAGAUUCAAUUUCUACACGGAUUUCAGAAUACUUAGACACUAUCCUUCAACCCAUAGUUAUAAAGAACCCUACUUAUCUUAAAGACACUAUCCAUAUUUUACAGAUUUUAGAACAAAUAGAAUGGACACAGGGCAAUAUUUUGGCCACAUGUGAUGUGACCUGUAUAGUAUCAUUCCGCAUGAUAAAGGUUUGGCAGCUGUGAAAUACUUUUUAGAGAAAUCGGAUUUUAAAGAAGAACAGAUUGAAUAUAUUUUAGAAGGAAUUUUAUUGAUUUUAACCCAUAAUUAUUUUUGGUUUGAAAACUCGUUUUAUCUACAAAUUUGCGGCAUUGCAAUGGGCACGAAAUUUGCCCCAAGCUAUGCCAAUCUUUUUAUGGCAUUUUGGGAGGAAACAUUCGUAUUCAAAGAACUUCAGUGGAAGAGAAACAUAAUCACAUAUUAUCGAUUCAUCGAUGAUAUCUUCUUCAUAUGGAAUGGACACAGACAUACGUUUAUAAUGAUAUGCAGUAUAUGCCGUGCGGAGUGAGCUGGGAGGAAGUGACCAUUUCCUCCCAGCAGCACUUGCUGCGGGUGUUUUUUUUUUUUUUAAAGGGGCCACAGCCACAGCGCUGACCGGGCCCCUGAAGAUAUAGGGCCCAUCGGGUGGCCCUAAGUGUGUGGGUCACCCGAUGGGCCCCAUCAGCGUGCGGGCCCCGGUGCAAGUGCACCAGCGGCAGUUCCGCCACUUCACGUGGGGGCCGGGCCCCCCAGGGCCGCUGGGCCCAUGACAACCGUUAUGGUUGUCACCCCCUGAUUGCACAAGGCACAGACAAGUCUGGUGGGAUCCAUGCCGGGUUCAUUUUAAUAAACGUGAGCUUGUCCACGUUGGCUGUGGACAAGCGGCUGCGCUUGUCUGUGAUUACACCCCCUGCCAUGCUAAACACACGUUCAGACAAUACACUGACUGCAGGGCAGCACCUCCAAGGCAUAAAGGGCAAGCUCAGGCCAUGUGCCCAAUUUGGAGACCCAGAAGUUGAAUGGGGCAGACCCAUCAGUUACUUCACUGUCUCAAAAAAUGUGAAUUUGUCAAACAACAAUGCAACAGUAGUAUUUAACGGUUUUAUUGGACUGCAAGAAAUGCACCCCAGGCCGCAAAAGUUUUAUUUAGCACACAAAAGUGUGAUUUUUGAAACCAACAAUGUAACAGUAGUAUUUAAGGGUUUUAUUGGACUGCAAGAAAUGCACCGCAGGCCGCAAAUGUUCUAUUUAGCACAAAAAAUGUGAAUUUUUCAAAGUGCAAUGUAACCACAGUAUUUGACGGUUCUAUUUGACUCCCAGAUACGAAGUGCACGCCACAAAUUUACUUUUUAGCACCCAAAAAAUUUACAUUAUUCAAAGUGCGAUAUAACCACAGUAUUUGACGGUUCUAUUUGACUCUCAGAUAUGAAGUGCACGCCCCAAAUUUACUUUUUAGCAGUAAAAAAUUUUAAUUUUUCAAAGUGCGAUGUAACCACAGUAUUUGACGGUUCUAUUUGACUCUCAGAUGUGAAGUGCAUGCCUCAAAUUUACUUUUUAGCAGCAAAAAAAUUAGAAUUUUUCAAAGUGCAAUGUAACCACAGUAUUUGACGGUUCUGUUUGACUCUCAGAUAUGAAGUGCACGCCCCAAAUUUACUUUUUAGCACCAAAGAAAUGUGAAUUUUUCAAAGUGCGAUGUGACCACAGUAUUUGACAGUUCUAUUUGACUCUCAGAUAUGAAGUGCACACCCCAAAUUUAUUUUUUAGCAUCAAAGUAAUUAGAUUUUUUUCAAAGUGUGAUAUAACCACAGUAUUUGACUGUUCUAUUUGACUCUCAGAUAUGAAGUGCAUGCCACAAAUUUACUUUUUAGCACCAAAAAAUUUGAAUUUUUUAAAGUGCGACGUAACCACAGUAUUUAAAAAUGCCUAGAUGUUGCCCACUGAGCUACCAGAACAGGAUUAAAGUAAUGUGCCUGGCACACAUGCAGUUGCAAGUGCCCACCUAACAAACAGACUGAUUGCUUAUUUCUCUGUGGCACUGGGCUCAGGACAGGGUACAAAAAUGUAGUAUAGCACCCACAAAAAUAAUUGCUGUAGUUUGCAGAUUCAACACCAGAAUUCUUUCCUAGUCUGUCCCUCACAGCUGCAGCAUCCUCUUCCUACACUAGAGCUCAUGUGACUCCAGCUUAUAUAGAGGGUGGGUCACAUGCUGCACUGGCCAAUCACAGCCAUGCCAUUAGUAGACAUGGCUGUGAUGGCUUCUAAGGGCACACGAGUCAAACGCUUGUUGAUUGGCUGUCCUGCAGCUUUUCAAAACGCGCCAUUAAAUCACGGAAAACCGAACUCGAACCCGAACUGUUACUGAAAUGUCCGGGUUCGGGUUCGGUCAAAAAUCGUAAUGUUCGUUACGAACCCGAACUUUACAGUUUGAGUUCACUCAUCUCUAGUUAUCUGCCAAGUUGUUCUCACUCAGCUAACUCCAAUGGAUAUUGCAUUUUCAGCAGUCUCUGUACCUAAAAUGUGUGCCUUCCUAUUACAGUAUUACAGCCCUGUUCUUCAUAUUGCUAACCAAAGCAUCCACCUCCCCCCCCCCUAUUUUUCCACUAUCUGCUGAGCUUCAGUAUGUGUUUGCUGACUCCCAUAAAACUUGACAUUUUUCUAAUUUAUGUCAUAUAACCAGGUGAAAGAUCAGAAACUCAACCAGUACUAGAAACUUCUCAAAAAUAUACUUUUGAACGAGAAAAACUGAUAUUGGGAUUGGUUCUCGGAUUUGGGAUACCCCUUUUGGCAUUACUUCUCCUUUUCAUUUUUUGCUAUUGUUCUAAGAAGAAAACCGGGAAGGCAAAGUAAGUUCAUAUUCCAAAACAAGUGACAGCUCUGACAAUGUUUGUUUCUUAGUUUCGUUAUAUUUUGUCUUUAUGUUAUUGCUUACUGAGCACUUCCAUUUGGCUGCAUCAAAAAUCGGCAAUAGGCUAAAGUUCUAGGCAUGGUCUUCAUAUAAUUCUUUAUUUCUGAAUUUUCUAAGUUUUACGUUUACAACAUGUAUUACAAUGUAGCAAGAACAGUUUAGGUUGAGUGACGGCAUGGAGCAUAGCGUUUGAGUAGAGUUAACAUUAACAUAAUUGGGUACAAAAAAAAAUAAAAUAUGGGGGAGAGACAUUAGUUGGCCUUGAGAGGUAUAACAAAAAAAAAGAAAAAAAAAAAAAAGAAAGGGGAUGGACAAAGCUAUGUGAAAUUUUAAGGCAGUCAUGUUUUCUUAUUUUUUUAUUCUUUAUUUAUGUUGUGCAGGGAAGUACAUUGCGAAAUCAAGCACCACAACAGCGCACACGUUGUAUACAGGUUAAACAGUGGCAGGAGUAGAUGCACAAUUUUUGUUUUUAUGAUAUAUAAACAAUCUUAUCUUGAGCCUUGCUGGCUAUAGACUAAUAAUAGGUAACACAUGAAGUUAACUUAUUUCAACAUCUUAUAUGCUAUGCUUCAGAGAAAAUUAGCAGUAUGUGAUAUAAACGCACACAUUCAGAGAAAAAUAAAUGCUUAAAGGACCACUCUAGGCACCCAGACCACUUAAGCUUAAUGAAGUGGUCUGGGUGCCUGGUUCAGCUAGGUUUAACCCAUUUUUUCAUAAACAUAGCAGUUUCAGAGAAACUGCUAUGUUUAUGAAUGGGUUAAGCCUUCCCCUAUUUCCUCUAGUGGCUGUCUCAUUGACAGCCACUAGAGGCGCUUGCAUGCUUCUCACUGUGAUUUUCACAGUGAGAGCCCGCUAGCGUCCAUAGGAAAGCACUAUGAAUGCUUUCCUAUGUGACCGGCUGAAUGCGCACGCAGCUCUUGCCGUGCGUGCGCAUUCAGCCGACAGGGAGGAGAAGAGGAGGAUUGGAGGAGGAGAACUCCCCGCCCAGCGCUGGAAAAAGGUAAGUUUAAACCCCUUUCCCCUUUCCAGAGCCGGGCGGGAGGGGGUCCCUGAGGGUGGGGGCACCCUCAGGGCACUAUAGUGCCAGGAAAACGAGUAUGUUUUCCUGGCACUAUAGUGGUCCUUUAAACACUAGGUACAUAAGGUCGAUGAGUAGGUUUGUAGGUUAUUACACAGGGACGUGUUCGUUGUGAGAGUGAGGUGUGUACAUGGAUUAAUGCUUGUAGAAACUUUCUCUCAGGGUUUAGAAGCAUGUGAGUGUACAUGCGAUACUAUGUGUGCAUGCCCUGUGUGGGUUCAGUUGUCAUUUAAGCAAACAAGUGAAAAUAAUAGUAAUACCCGCUCCCCACGAUUUCCCCUUACUAAAGAUCAAUAGAUUCACUGUAGCCUACAUUAAACGAGGGUUAUGUAAUUUGAAUUAGGAAAUAUGCAACUGGCACUUUGCCUGAUACAGAGUCUCAUCACCGGUUUUCGGUCAUCCAACACCCUGUAGGGGUUGAAUGUGCUCCCGUGCAGCUUGUUGCGUCCCGCUCGGUGAGUCAUGGUUUUUUUAAAUCUGUUUUUCUUAAUUUGCAGUGUUGCCACAGCACCAGAUGAAAGCCUUGUUCAGAACACAUCAGAAUUUCAGCCAACGCUCUACUACAAGGUGCACUUUGUUCCUGCAAUUCAAUGA